AUGAUCAAUAGAGCCCCUGAGUCGGCCUUUGCGUUCCAAAAUCCUCGCCAAGUUUCAGGUCACGUAUAUCCGAUAAGAAAAACACGCGCGAAACGUUUCGUACCUACUGCUCGAAACAAUGCACGGAAAUUUCACUGGGAAUUGUUCAAUACCACCGCCGUGUAAAUAAAUUCCCCGUCUCCCAUAAAUAUCAUAUCUGAGUGCCUUAGAACUUUGAUCCUCUCAAUCCUGGUGAGGGGUAUGGCCGGUGUACGAGAUCGGAAAACUUAUCGUAUGUGUGUUUUUUGUUUAUUAUAGCCGGAAGACGAAGACAGCGAACUGACAAAUUCCGAAGAUCUCGGCUACACGGAUGGACCACCUACACCUCCACCACCACCGCCGUUCAACGGUAAGUUUUUUUUAAAAUUAUAAUUAAUUUUAGAUUCAGCGUGUAGCCAGAAAUGUAUUGGUUUUACAAUAAUUUUUUUUUUUAUCUUUAAGCAACUUUUCUACCUAAAAUCUUGCUCUGAUGUAUCAAGUGUAUAUCAUCUUAUCUGAAAGGAAAAUUUUAUUUUGUUGAUACUUUAAAGAAGUCAUUUUUUCUAAAUGGUUUUUUUUAAUAAUUGAGAAAAACGUAUGAAACAUGAGAAAAUUUACGUACAUGUAUAAAAUAAACUUCGCCUCAAAUCGUUUAUCGUUAGCAGUGGUUUUUAUGCUUAAUUUUCAGUAAUUUUUACAUUUUUAAUUUUGAGAGUUGUUUGUUAAACAAUAUUGUUGUAGUAUAGUAUAGUUUUGUUCUGUUAUACGUAUAAACCAGUAUUCGAUUAUUUAUUUAUUGUUUUACAAAGAAUAUUUCUAUAAUAAUGUACAUAAAAUAGAUGGGUGAGAGAGUUUCUGAUAGGUGUUUUUUUUUUAUCACUUCCUCGGUAUAAGUAAACUUUUUAACCCGAAAACAUAUAUUAUAUAAGGUAUUUCAGAAAUCCGUACGAAUUUAAAAACGCGAUAAAAGUUUCAAAUUGUAUUAAAAAUUUAAAAAAAUUUCACACGCAGCUCAGAAAUUCCCAGCAAUUUUAAAAUCGUGCAGAUUCAUGAAACGCACUGUACAUUCAACAUGAAUAAAAUCGUAUUUGGGAAAUGAGUAGGUAUACAGUUUAACAAAAACUACGUACAAUUAUUAUUAUUAGUGUAAAAGUUUCGCGAAACGCUCCGACAUUUUAUUUUCAAAGGAUUUAAAACUACUGAAACAUCGCCGACCGCGUGUAAUGGCUUAUAAAAACAACAGAGAUAGUUGUUUAUGCCGUGGUUACUAUACAGCCAUCGCGUAAAGUUGUUUCCGCUUCUCACACCGUACCGAAAUACGUUGCAACGCCCACAUUGUUAUUAUUAAAAGGCUGCUCUUAUAUCACAUGUCCGCCGAUACUGGCAACGCGUGUUUAUAUACAAAUUAUAAUUUAUUUUUCUCGGGCAUCCGUCGUGUAAAUUCGUCGAUGGUAUAUGAAGAAUCUGCAGGCAGGCGAGGAUCCAGAGCAAAGAUUUGAGGAGGGGGACCCAACAAUUUUUUUUUUACAACACCUAUACAACUACCAAAAAAAAUAGUAUAAAAAAGGCGGACAUAGUUCGCAUGUGGGUGCAGCCAAUGUUGUAGAUGAAAAGCUGAGAAGGUAGAAUACAAAAGGGAAUUUGAUGUAUAUUUGUAAGCAACGAUAAACCAUUCAUUAUAAAAAUAUUAUUCUGAGUGGAUUUUAGUUUAUAGUGAUGUUUUUUCAACAUUAUAUAUGUCAUAUUAUAGCAAAAUAAUUAAAUAGUUAUUGUAUAUUUUCUUUAAUUUGUUUAAUAUUGUACUGAUAUUCCCGCUUUUUCUCUGUUUUUUCCCAGCUUUUCCCAUUUGUUAAGAAAACUCCUGGGAAAAUCGAAAAGUGACUUCCCUAAAGUACCUCCCCCUAGUAAAAAUUUACUUUUAGAAAAUGUGCUAUCAUUGUAAAUUAGAGCACAAUUUCCGGUAAAAAAGUUGUUCACAAGAAAAAAAAGGCUGUAAUAUUUUUAAAUAAUACCUACACUUCGCACAUUUUCCCGUUUCUCCUUAGUUGUUUCUCAGUUUUUUUUAUUUUUUGAAAAAAUCGAAAAAUGACCUCUUUAAAAAAAAUGUAUUAAAAUCGAAAUUUAUAUUAUUUUAAUAUAGCUCGGUUUAUAGAAUUGCUCGUUCGACAAUAUGCGUUUCCUUGACAACAAUUAUUGUUUUAAAAUACUAGUUUAUUAAAAUAAUUAAAACUUAAUAAUAACAAAAAAAGAAUAAAAACGGUUAUUAAUUAAAAACUUAUUUUCAAUCUUUUUUUAACCUAAAGAACCAGGAUUUUCUCAUUAUAUCGUAAUUAUUUACAUUAUUUACAUUUACAUUAUACUGUACUAUACAUUAUACAUUAUAAUGUAAAUGAGAAUUUCAAAAAAUGACCUCCUUAACGUACCACCCAGAGAACAAUUUAUUUCAAAAAAGAUGCUAUACUUGAUAAUCGGAUUAAGCUUUCUGGUAGAAAAAGUGUUCACAUAAAAAAAUAAAUACAAAAAUAAACAUCAUUGUAAAAUGAAUACAUUCCGCUUUCCGCUCAGAAUCUAAAAUAUAUAUUGUAUAUGUAUAUAUUUAUAUUAUUUAGAUAAUUAACUUUUAGUUUUAGUACUGUUAAACGAAUCAUGUUAAACAUUAACUCAUUGAACUUUUAUUAAUUAUAUUUACAUAUGAGAAAUAAAAUAAGUUUUUUUAGUUAAAAAAUAUUACAAGUAUUAUAUAGUAAAAGUCAUUGUGGAAAAUAAAACAAACAGUAUACAAUAAUUUAAUUCAAAUCAACAUAAUAAUAAAAAUCCGACACAAAAACAUAAAUCAACCAAUAAAUCUGAUGAAUUAACGAUGAACACAUUUAACAUUCUAUUGUAUUUUUAUUAACGUAAAAAAGAAAAAUAUUUUUCGGCUUUUCAAAUAGGUACUUGAAUACAAGUCGUAGAAAAUGUUUAAACCGAUGUGAAAAUAAAUUCUCGAACAAAAAAGAUACACAAAUAUAAUGUAAUCAUAUAAUAUAAUAUACACAAAAAACGCAAAACAAAAACAAUCGAACAAUCGCUGUUAAAUACGAAUCACAAUAGAAUGAAAAUAAUAUUCAAUACAUUGUUCUAAAAUUCAUCUUCGAUCGAAUUAUUUAAAAGUAUUGUCAAAGUCAAUAAAAGUUUAGGCAAUGUUUUGCGGUUUUAUCUUUUGAUCACAUUUUAUUAAAACAAAAUAAUAUUCGGGAUUUUAUUCAGUGUUGCAAAAUCUGAAUAAUGAUCGAAAUUUGGAAGUACGUACUUUCCCCGUGGACACUUUAAAUACGAUGGGAACAUUAUUAUUUUCGUAAAAUUUGUGUAACCUGAAUGUGUAAAGGCAAAGACGUUAGGGACCAGUCGUCUUGUUUUACACAGUUUAUUUCGAUAAGAGCUCGGUAUUGGUUUUGUUUCGAAAAUAUAAAAAGGAAAAUGUUUUAGAAAAUGCCGGUUGCUAUUUUAUAUAGAUUAAGCAAAAUACAAGCAAUUUCGAAAUUUAUUGAUUUUUUAAUAGUUAUAAAUAAAUUCAAAACUACGAAUAAUAUCGUGGCAUAAUGUUUACCUUUUGACAAAUACUUGAUUUAAAAAUUAAAAAAAAAAAAAACGUCUACUUGAAGUUACGUAAAGAAUUGCACGGUAUGUGUAAUAUUGGGUUAAAUAAAUAUCUACUAUAUUUGUUGGGCUCACAACUCAGAAAGAUAAUAAUAAAUUAGCUGUCGAGCAGAGAUAAACCAAAUAGUAUACUAACUGAUAUCCAUAGCAAGAGACUGGGUUGGUGUGGUCACGAUUGAUAAAAACAAAAUUAGAACAAUUCACUAUAAAUGGACGAUUUUAGUGAAAAACAGAUCACGUGGUCAAGACAGAGAGAAAUGUAAGCGAGUUUGUUUUGCGGCAGUAGGUCUCAAUGGCGUCUAAAGCUGUUCCAAGAAGGCGAAGAAAAAUAAUAUAAUAUUUACUAUUGGCUCAUACGAAUACGAUUGUAUUUGUUUACCGACUUCGGCAUUUUCUGUUUUGCAGCAGUUUAUGAUAUCCAAUAACUUAGAGUGCACAAUCACACUUAUAAUAUAUUGUAUAUAUAUAUAUUGCUAGGAAUAUCAACUGUAUACAUAGUUCUUAAGUAGGUUUAUCAUAGUCGUAAUUGUAAGAGCAUUUUAAUUAAAUUGAACGCGGUCAAGACGUACCUAUAUAUCGUACUAUGCAGUCUAUCGCGAUUGACUUGCAGUGUUCCGAUACACAAACAAUCGUUUUUGAAAUAAUAUUCGGUUGCGUUCAAAAUUAUCAUAAUGUGUAGUAUAAAAUUCGAGCUAUAAUUGCAUAUUUGUGUUUUUAUCUCAAAACCUGGCUGUAAGAUUUAACCGAAAAUUGACAUUUAAUGAUUCUUAAGCAUAUGGAAUCCAUUGGUCCGGGUGUCUUUUUCGGAUAGAAAAUUCGGUCAAGGGGCUAAACAGAGUGCCAAAAUUACGCGUCUGCGUGUACCAUCAGUAACAUUCGGAUAAUCGUCACGCAGCAACAUUAAUUUAGUAUUUAUCUGCGUCGAUGACACCGUUGUCAACGGAUUAAUAUUAUCUAUGUCGGUAAAAUAUUUGUUAAUUCGUCUUUACUGUUUGAAAAAUGUUCAUAUUUUUUAUUAUUCUAGUGAAAUCAUAAAACUGUAAUCACUGUAAUCACUGUGUAUUUUUACAAUAGGUAUUAAAAAUUUGACAAUAUGACGUCAUUUUUUAAUUUUAAAUCCCGACGAAGAGACACUUUACUAUUUGCUACAGGUUCAUUAUUUGUAAUAUCUGAAGAUUAUAAAUAACUUCACGGAUUAAAUCAUUUAGUUUUCGGUGCUUUUAGUAAAUGUAUUCUUCGGAUAUUAUUAGUAGAAGUACAAACCAGUAUGAGAAAAUAAAUUCGCGUACAUAUUUAAUCAACUGACAAAACUGCACCCGAACAAAGUUCAGUCUUCAAUUACUGAGAAUUACGGUUUUUUCACAGACCGGGCCGGACCAACGAAGAGAAACUAAAUCGGGAUCGGGGCCAUGUAUACAAACGUAUAACUCUGGACUUAUGGUAUUUUUUAUUUAAAUAACGUUUACAAUCAAAAAUCUUAUAUUUUUUAUCUUAUAAUUGUAUUGAAAUUUUCGAUUUCUGUCAAGCCGCUGACGAGAUAUAACACUUUCAAUUUUAGGUUGGAAGAGAGAAGUGGUACAUUAUUAACACGCUGCGCCAUACCAUCACACUAAUGAUACUCCACUACUCUUCUCCAACAUAAAAUUAAAAGUAGUGUCAACGGCUUGACAGAAAUCGAAAAUUUCAACACUAAAAUUUAUUUUAACUAAUACUAUCUAUUUAUGGACUUUUUAAUAUAGAUUGCCAUUUGAAAAUAAAAAGUAGGUAGUUGUUUAACCCUUGAAAAUAAGGAUGGCAAAAAAUAACACAAAUAUAAAAUUGUGAAGCAGCUUGUUUCUUAAGUGUUAUAGAAAACCAAUUCCGGAAAAAGUUAAUAUUUUCCGAGAUAAUGAUUGUGUCCACUCAAAUGAAUCACCUGGUAUUAUGCUACAAUAUUAGACGGUAUUACGAAUGUGUAGAGAAUAACGCAAAAUCGGUCCAAUAAACAAAUAUUUAGAAACAAACAUUUAUUUUUUAACGUUUCAUACCUCUUAACCCCUAAUACCCAUAACGCGUGCAAUAACCUUGUACCUUAUAUGCUUUUAUAAUAUUAUAUUAUAGUUUAUUGAUCACCGGAACAAAAUUAAAAUGCGCUUGGCUCAAGCGUUCGGCAAUAUUAUAUUAAGAAUGACGUAUACAUAAUAACCGGGAUUUGAUAUAUUUCGCCGGUGUAUUUAUAGGCGAGAGGUCGGAUGGGGAUCGGCUGCUUAUAAGAGUAUAAUAAUAUUAUUAUAUCAGCGAAUAUUAUUAUCUACGUACCUGCGGAUCGUUUCGUAUGUUCGCGCUAUGUUAUAUUUUAUGGGCAAGGGUCCGAUGACGACGACACAUUAUAUAGAUGCGUAUUCGGUCCCCGACAUUUUAUUUUACGUUCCUUGAAAAAAGUCUGUACCCGUCGGCUACGCCCGAUUUUAUCUUAUUAUAAAAAAAAAAAACUACAGGUAAGAUUAAGAAACGGGGAACAUUAUACGAGUAAUAACGUUGAAUAAAUUACAUACAGACAUCAGUAGACAAAGAAAAUGUGUACGGUGAUUUUUUUUUUUUUUUUACAAGAUAUAUGUAUCUAUAAUCUUUUUGUAUAUACGAAUAAAUUGGGUAAAGACUGUAAGCUGCAGAUUUUAACAUAUCUGUUACGAAAUGAUUCCGCAAAGUUGUAUUAUUUUCUAUUGUAACUACGAGUGCUAAUAAAAUCAGUUAUGGGUUUUAAAAAUGACAAGAAAACUACUAUUAUUAUUAUUUACACUAUUAUCUAGCAAUAGAAAAGCAUUGCAAGGUCGGCUAGUAAUAUGUAUAUUUUUUUAUUAUAUAUUAUAAUUAACUAAAACAUAUAUAAUAUAUCAAUUAUAAUUUCCUCCGAGUUUUGGUUUCACCUAGACUUAAAGGUAAGUUCUACAAGAGAGUGAUGAGACCGAUUAUGUUACAUGGAUCGGAGUGUUAGGUGGUAGACAAAAAAACAUAACAGAGAUGAUGCUUAGGUAGAUGAGUGAAGUGACGAGAGAAAGAUAAUAAGGAAUGAAUACAUAAGUGGUAUAUUAGACGUGGCUUCGAUAAUAGAAGAAAUUUAAAAAAAAAAUAGAUUGAGAUGGUUUAGGCAUGUUAUGAGGAGAAAUAAAUCAGAAGCAGUAAGAAUUUCAUUGAAACAGGAAAAAGAGGUGGUUGGAUACGAUUGAAAAUGAUGCAAGGACAGCUGGUGUAUGCGAGGUUGGAGAUCGUAUCAAAUUGAAGUUUAAGACACGGGUGGUUGGGCGUCGUUCAAAACCGCACACUUACCGUUCAUAACCGCACAUAUUUUAUUUAUUGUCAAAAAUGAAAAUUUGGAAGGUCGAUAGUUCAAAACCGCACACAUUUGGUUGGCAGUGAGAAGCAUUAUGGGUGAAAUUAAAUACCCAAUGUGGUCACAGGCUCACUGCGCUCACUCAGACAAUUUUAGUCGAAAAUAACCCUCGAUUUAUUGGGCAAAACCACGUUCGAUAGGACACAAACUAAAAUAUGUGCGAUAUUGAACGGUAUCAUUUUUGGAAAACUAUAUGUACAAGUGUGCGGUUUUGAAUGAAGACCAUCUUAAAAGUAUGUGGUUAUGACGACCGCCAGCAUAGUAGACUCCAAAUAGUUAGGAUAAAGGCUAAGGAAAAGAAGUAGACUUUUUUUAUUAUAUUUUGUCAAUUGAUAUUAUAACUUUUGAAUUCUGAGCACAACAAGGAAUGUAUUGGUUUUAUGUCCUAUAUAUGCAUGCUUGUGUAUAUGUGUAGUGUGUAAUUGUCAACAACUUUUCUACUAAAAAUCAAGAUUUUCUAGCAUAGCACUUUUUUUGAAAGUGAAUUUUAUCUCAAUGGUGCAUUUUUUUAAUAAUUGGAAAAAUUUAAGGAAAAAAAUUAAAAAACAAGAAUCGUUUCUGGAAAUAAAUAAUUUCAUUAUUUCUUUUUUUUAUAAUUUAGUUUAAAAUUACCUGAAUAUUUUUCAGCUAUUUAUAGGCAUUUUAGUUUUUUUUUUAGUUUUUUUCUGGUUGUAUUUGUAUAAAAUUAUUUUGACUGGAAAAAAAUGCUUGUCAAGUUUACACAUGAUACAUCGUAAGUUGUAUUCUAUAAUAAAAAAAAGUUAAAUGUACUAAAGUAGGAUUUUUAUGAGCUUUUUACGUUCAACUUUUGACAAAAAUCAUAAAAACCAUGGCAUUUCAAAACUAGUUAAAUCAAUUUUCUUUCAGAACCGUAUUUCGUUAGCAAAAUUGCAUUGUUGUGUAUAGAUAUAAAUUGAAUAUAUGUAUCCAAACUUCCCAACCACUAUAUUUUAAAAUAAUCAUAUAGACAAUUUUUAAAUAAGAUCGUAUUCUUUAAUUCUAUAUUAGUCGUUAAAAAAAAAAAUGGUAACGUUUAAAUCGAAUUAGUAAACAACAUUCAAUAGAGAUCACCUCCUAUUCCUUAUUAUUUAUUUUUAGUUUUUAUAGUUAAAAAAAAAAUUGUUUAAAAACCAUAAGUGAAUUAGAUACUUAUUUUUUCUUGAGUAACAAAAAAAAAAACGUCGACACGUAAUCCGUUAUUCAACGCAUAUUAUAGUGAUUGAUUGAUAUUCAAAUAUAAUAUGCCUGGUGGAUCUUUUAUUAAGAUUUCUUUUCCGAAAGAUUUUAUACUAAGCUUAUAAUGUACAUAGAUAAAAAUGAUGAAGGCUAAUACUGUUGAUGGGUAUUCCACUGUUUUAAAUGAAAAAUUGGAAGGGAGAAUAUAUUUAUAAUUUAAUUUAUAUCCAUAUACGUAACGAUAAAACAUUGCUUACGAAAAACGAUUCUAAGCGAAAUAUCAGAAGUUGUAUUUUUCCCUUGUUUCUAGGGUAACUCAAAAAUCAAUAAAUUGUAUUUAACAAAUUUGCAGUUUCCUUAAUUAUUAAAAAACUACAAGGAAAAUUGAAAACCGGACAUACAAUGUCCAAUUUGAUUGGAAUAUGAUUUCUAGUUGAGUAGUUGUUUAAAUUAAUUGAAGCUUUUUCUCCUUUAUUAUUAAUAUUAUUAAUUUGUGUUCGAACACUUAUUUUUGGGAAAUAUUGUUCGUGAUUAAAAGUCUAAAGUAUAAUAACGAAAUAUUAUGUUAAAAAAUCAUUCUUCUAUUCACGAAAAAAAUGGUUUUUUCAUUAGAUAUUUCUCGAUUAUUAACCAACAUAUAAAAAAAAUAUACUUAUUCCAUAAUAUCAUUCAAACAAGCACAAUAUUUAUUAGUUGUAUGCAUUUUAACUCUACUGUUUUUGUUAUACUGAACAAAUAUAAUAUGUGUAACGGAAUAAAUUUUAAUAUUGGUACGAAAUAUUUUCUGUUAUACAAGAAAAUGCAUUGCUAUUUGAUCUAAAUUAAAUUAAAAUUUUUGUUGGCUUAUCAUUAAUCUUGUUAGUCGGUAUUGUUCUUGAAAAAUGAAUCAUCUAUUGAAUAUUAAAUAAGUAAUUUAGGUCGAAUCUGUGUAUACGAAAUUUAUAUUAAACUAAUAGUAUACAGUCGGUAAGUGAUUACGUGUAAAAAAAUGUUAUUCUUCAAUCGAACGAUAUAGAUUAUAGAUUGUAAUGAUUGAAGCCGUACAUAAUUCACGUCAUGGUUGGGCAAUUGUUGUAGAUAGGAGUUGGAGAUAUAUCGGCUAUAAGAAAAUUUAGUUUAAUUUCUGAAAGUGAUUGGAAAUUAUCGUAAUCAAAAAACGAUUUUUAAACGAAGCUUGGUAAACUGAUAAAAGGUAUAGUAGUAUUAGUCGUGUUCUUUUGUUAUCCUUUUUUCUAACAAGAAAAUAGAAACUAUUACACAGUGUUAUGUCUGUUAAAUUUAUUACACAUGCAUAAUUUAUCACAAAUUAAUGUAUACAGAAUACAGAACGAUAGCUUAUCAAUUGAUAACAAUAGUUUCUCGCAUUUCUGUUAUGGUCAUAAUAAAUUCCGAAUGCUUAAUAGUGACCAGAGUAGAUUCUAGUUACGGAGCUCUGCUGUUCAUGGGCGUUUCCAUUGUAACUAAUGUAAUUUAAAAAAAAAAAAAACUAAAAGUAAAUAUAAUGUACCGUCAUAUUUGUCGUCGAUUUUUUUAAUUUCUAAGAAAAACGGUACAGGAAUCUAGACAACCUUUUUAAAUAAAAUACCACAGGCUGAAAAAUUCGUUAUUUUUAAGGUAUGCAAAAUUCGGACCGUUUUUACCAUCCGAAAAAUAUUUUCCAAGAAUAAAAUAAGUACUUCACUACAUUCAGAAUCGUAUAUAACUUAACCUUAUAAUCUGACCUUAAUUUUCAUGAAUAACUAGUUAUAAAAUUAAAUUAAGUACCUCGUACCUAUCAUGUAUUAUUGACUUAGAUGGUCUACAAUUAUAACGAUUUACCCUGGUUUUAUACAUAUGAGAUUCAAUUUCUAUUUAAGAGUCUUAGACCAAUAGAGAAUCUGCAGUUUGGGAACAAUUUGUGUUUGAUUAUGUAUAUAUUUUUACCGCAAUUUCCAUAAAUUCUGCGUUAACGAUACCUUUAAACUUAUAGUAUUAUAAGAUAUAAGUUGUAUAUAGGUUAAACUAGCGAACCAACAAUAAUAGUAUGGGUCUAUAAACGUGUUGUUUAAUAUUAUGCUUCGGCCGUAAAAUGUGAACAUAGUACCUACCUACCUAUAACAUAUAUAGUGGUGUAUCGUCUAUUAAUAAUUUCGUACAGCAUGUUUAAUACUUACCUUAUACAUUAUAAUUAUUGUAUUUUAGUGUAAAAUUUAACCUCGACGUCUAAGUUAUUGGUGAGGUAUUAUAGAGAUAUUAUGUAUAGUUACACAGUUACAUUAUGCAAUUAUUACGAGGGACAUAGUUUAUAAUAGUCACUAACCCACAUUUUAGUAAAAUCUUCCGUAUUGUAAUAUUAUGCAAUAUCGAGUACUCUGGAUCCAAUUUCACAAAUCAAUUUUAUAUUUUUGUAUAGAUUGUUUGUGCUCGGGAAUAAAUAUCGUUUACAGGACUGUAUUUUAGAUUCAGAUCAUAGCGAGCUAUUGAUUUUACUAAGAUGUUUAUUUCUUUUUUUUCUAGAGUGUGGGCAGAUUUUUUCAAGUAAACUUAUUCCAGUGUAGCACUUUUUCUGAAAGCUCAUGUUAUCUAGAUUGUAUAUUAAGGUCAUAUUUUCUUUUCGACACCUUUUUUGUUGUCUUUUUGAUUUAUUUUAUUACGAUAUCAUUGCCAAAACUUUUAAGUCACUAUUGGGCAUUUAAAGAAUUUUAAUUUUUGGUAGUUUUUUUGCUGUAAUUCGGUUACAAAUACACGUAGAGACUUGAAGGUUGGUAAUAAUACUUAUAUUAGACUUACCUAAACGUGGUAAUGUUUCCAAAAUCAUCGGACGAAUUUUUUUUUUUUUUUAAUAAGCGUUUUGAAAUCAAAUUUAAACGAAAAUCGUAUAAAAAAUUACGGCAUUUUAAUUUAUGUAUUACCGAACUGCGCUCGGGAUCGUCUUUCGUCAAGCAAUGGUUUAUAGUUGCUUACAGAUGUAAAUUAAAUAACCUUGUGUAUCCUACCUUCCCAACUUCUCACCUACAACAGUGGCCACACCCGUCCCCAGUAUCAGCUCUUUUUUUUUAUUUGGUAGUAAUUACUUAUACAAUUUUGGAAUUAAAAGGCGAUUGUUUUGACGGAAAUUAAAUGAUUACAAUCUCAUAAAUAUUAAUAUUACGAUUAAAGACAAUAGCUGUUAUAAUCAAUUAAAUGGAUUGAAAAUGUUGACGUUUCAUUAAAGUAUAUUGAUAUAGAUCCAUAGGGUGUUCUAAAUGGAUUAUCUUUCGAGUCAAGUAGAGUAAAUUUAUAACUUUAAUAUUUUAGCUCGAAAUAUGUCUUUAAAAUACAUUUACUUAAAAAAUGUGCUAUCCUACGUGGCUUCUUGUGGUAGAAUAUUAACUCUUCCGUGGCUUAUAGCUCCAUUUAUGCCACUGAAAUAUAACUGUAGUAUCAAAUUAAACCAGAAAACCAUUCGAUCCAUUUGCAAUGCAAUCAAAUUAUUUUAAAUUUGUACUCGUAUUAAUAAAUGGAUUUCUCGGAAGAUUUGAAAAUGCUCAGUUUAGUUUACAUAAUUUCGCCUACAUGAAUAGUUUUUAUUAUGAUGGUAGUAUUACGUUGUUUAUGAUUUUUGCGCACGUUGUUUUUCCCGGUUUCUUUGAAAAUUUCGGUAGUGUAUUAUUAAUAUUCCAAUUUUAGUUCUCCACAAAAGCUUUUCUUUAUAUACUAUACACAGCAGUAACUUCGGGCAUUUCUUAUACAAUAAAAUAUAUUAUAUAUAGGAACUUACUAACGUUUAUCAGGGUUUUUUUUUUUACCUGUCUUAUUUUUGGUUAUAGGUUAGGUACCUAUGAAUAUUAUAAACCGUAUUCUUAUUAUUGUAAUCGCACUACUAUGCCUCUAUACGAAACGUCCUUCGAUUCAAGUCUUCAACCCUCUAUGGGCACUUGAGUCGUUCCCGGUAUUCUUCCUCUUUAGCAUCCGUAAUCGUCGAUUUCGUGUUUUGAUCCCAGUAUGAUGAGAUUCACUGUUUAACUUCACCCUCUUCAGCCCAAGCUCACAAAGCCUUCACCGGGUUCUAAAACGUUUUCGUUAACUAACAACGCUACCUGUAUAGCCUUUACAAAAUAUUGUUUACUGUUUCACUCAACUAUUUCAUCGUUACCAGAGUAGCCAAAGUUCACUUUAAUAACCGAAUUCUUACUUUAUAAGAAGAUGCUACGCUAUAUAAUAUAAUAAUAUGUUGUUAUCUUUGUCGUCCACAUUAGUCAAACACGCACUUAAAACAACAGCAGUCGUUUCGAUCACGGUACCUUUUAAGUAUGUUUUAAAGUAUACAUUGUCCUACGUUAUAUGGCCUGCUGUAAACUGGAGACUUUUCGUCUUGUAAAUUUAUUUUAUUCUAAUGAGGAGCCUGAGGCCUCGUCACGUGCAAAGUAUAUUAUGUUGUUAUUCGGUAAAUAAUAUAAUUAACGUGCAGAAAAUUAUUAAAAAUAAAUAUAAAUAUAUGUAAAUAUAGGAUUUUUUUUUUUGCAAAUCUCUUUUUAAAAUUCGGAAAAACAAUGAACAAUAAUAUAUGAUGUGAUGUUUUGGAUCUACAAUUUAUUACGAGUGUCGAGAAUUCCAGAAAUUAAAUAGCGGCACGGUUGAAACUCUUAAAAACUUGUAAUACCUCAAAAAAAAAACCCAUUAUCGAAAAGAGACGCUAAUACAAUUUUAAAUAUAUUAUGUAUUGAUAAACUUGUAAUCGAUGACAAGUGGCUAAUCCGAUGUGAUUUGUGUUUCAGAGAACCCCGGUUACCAGGCACCGAACAUCAAAGGGGACAAAGGUGAUCCAGGUCAAAAGGUAAGCGUUACUAUAAUAUAACAGUUUUAUAUUUUUUUAUCUGGAAUCCUACGGUGGCAGCAGCGACGCCUUUCCGGGGGAACAACACUACAUAAACUAAUGAAUCAUUAGACAGACCGGCGGAAUAUAACUUACAAUAUACAGGGUGUGGCAAAAAUAUUCAUAAAUUUUCAAAGCUGGACGAGUUAACCAAUUCUAUCAAUGUUGAGUUAUCUUCAAACAUUUUUAUGACGUAUUCGUAAUGUUCUAUUUUCGAAAUAACUAAAAUUUCAAUAAAAUAACAGAGUUGAAAUUAUUUUUUAAAAUAAUUAAUUAGGUUACUUUCUAACAAUUUAUUUUAUUUUUAACUAGCUAAAUUAAGUUAUGAAAAAAAAAAAUAAACAUAACUUUUAACUACACUUAGCUUUGCGAUUUGUCCGCUCGAUCGUGAUCAUAAUAUUAAUGGAAAAAAUAGUUGUUUAUUUUGAAAAACUGGACUCAGGCGUUUUUUUUGGGGGGAGGCCUACAUUUUUACGUCAAUUUUUACUGAAUUUUGGUAUAUGUAUUUCCGUCGCACCCUCUAUAUUAUCGGACGUUUAUGACCCACUACUGACCAUCUCGUUGACAAUAAUGCACGAGGUUUAAUAUUUUUGUUCGAACGCAACAGGGAGAAUCGAUCAGAGGACCUCCGGGACCGCCAGGACCUCCGGGACCGCAAGGACCUCCGGGAUCGCCGUUUUCCGGCAACUACACUACUGAUGAAAAAGUGAGUGUAUAUUAUAAUACAUAUUUAUGUACAAUAAACAGUAAAAUACAAUGUACGUAAAUACGCGCGAUGUCGAUUCGAAAAUAAAUAAUAAAACAAUCCCCCUAAAAUCAAUCUGUUUUUUUUUUUUUUAACGAUGUCGUAAAAAAACUCGCUUAAUAUAAUAUUUGUUGGGAAAUUUCAACGCGGACCGAAAUUCCCACGUAGCUAUGGUUUUCCUCGUAGGUAAUAUAAUAUUAAACAAUUAAUUCCGACACCAAUCAAAUCGGGCCGUUCACUCAUUUAAUAUUAUACCCGCGACUAUGUAUUAUGAUAUUAUAAAUUGUCGCUAAAUAAUAUUAUCGAAAACCCGGACGUGGGUCCAUUACGGUUGAAAUGCGCUAAUUAAUUCAAACGCUAUAAGUCCCUCUUCUCCGAUAAAUGGACGCCGUCAAUCGCGAGGAAUCCAAAAUGACAUAAUAUCAAAUCAGGAAAACGGAAAGCAUUAAAUUGUUAGCCACGUAUUAACAGCUUUAUUACAAAUAUUAUAAUGCAAUUAUUUGUAAUAUUUGCCAAAAAAAAAAAAAAAACAAAAUUAACUGCCCGUAAAAAAUUGAAAAUGUUUAGUUAAUAUUUUAUGUACGAGUAGGUACUACAUUCAUUAUCUCGGAAAGUAUUAACUUUUUUUAACAUUUUUUUUUAUUUAUAAAUUUUUUUUUUAUAACAUAUAUAAUAAAUAAAUUGUUCAUAAUUUAAGAAACAAGCAUGUCUAAAAUAUUAUAUUACCAUUAUUUUUAUCACCCUUAUUUUUGGGAGUGAAACAAUUACAUUUUUGAUUUUAAAAUGCUAACCAAAAUUAAAAUUUCCUAUAAAUCAAUGGAAUAUUAAUACAUUUUCGUGUGUGGGUAUGAGAGCAUCAUUUGUGUGACGGUUCGAUACGAUACAUUUAAAUAAUACUCCAUUACUCUUCCUUUAACCAAAAAUAAAGUAUAAUAUUUUGUCAAUAAGUGGAUGGAUAUCAGAAAUUAUAUUAAAAUUAUUUAUGACAUGUUAUAAUAUAGGUUACUAUUAGAAAAUUAAAAGCAAGUAGGCGUUUUACAUGCAAAAAUAAGGAUGAAAAAAAUUAUGGUAAUGUAUAAUUAAGAGCUGUUUCAUAAAUUGUCAAAAAUAAUAAUAUUUUCCUAAUACUUAUUCCCAGUUAUAAAAAAAAAAAAACCUACGAGAAAAAUCACAAAAUUACCACCACAAUGCAUACACUAAACAGAAUAUUACCAUAAACCACUUCUGGUGUUGAUGUUAGGAGUAGGAAUUUCUGAUAUAAAAGUUGUGCGCAGAUCAAAUAUAAUCAAAUAUAGACCGUAAAUGUAUGAAAAUCAGUGCGAAUCUUUGUAACUGAAAUUAGUUUAAAAAUAAAUCGCCCUGCAACUAGAAUCUCGUUGAUGUUUUCAAUUAUGAUUGGUUUGUUUAAAUUUGGUUUCCGUAUGUAUGAUACAUACAUAUACAUAUAGGUAGUUUAAAAUUAAAACUAUUUGAAAAAGAUUAUAUCCUGUAGGCGUAAUAAUUUUAGACUGGGUAAAUUUUAUGUAUGUACUGAAUUCCGUCUAAACAAAAUGUUUAAAUUUAAAAUAAUAUAUAUUGCAUAAUUUCUAAACGAUUAACAAUUAUGCACGAUUUCGCAGUAUUAAAUCGCAUUUACUUAAAGUUCUCUUGGCAUAAUAAUAUUCGAAUAAUUUUAAAUAAAAUAAACGGCAGAAAUGAUUACCUGCGUUCCAUUUGGAUUUAAUUCUAUAUAAUAUAAUAUACUUUGUAAACAAAGUUUAUCAUUAAUAUUUAUUAGUUUAAAGUCGUCGCGGCACUUUGGUCUUGAUAAUGAUCUCAAGAGUUUUUAGUUCAUUUUGGUCCGAAUUAAUUUUUUAUUUAUACUUUAAUUAAGUUUAUUUUAUACAACGCCGACCAAAUCCACGGGUUUAAACGGUGAGUCUGUAGAAAAAAAAAAGAUCUGUCAACUAACAUUGUUAUUAAAAAUUUAAACUACAUUAAAACAAAAAAAAAAUUAAUUUCUUAUAAUAUGAACAUUUUUUUUAAAAAGUAGUUUCGAUUACUUCAUAUAUUUAAUUGCAUUUAAUACGUUUUCCUCUAAUAUAUUACUUUACUAGCGUUUGUUUUUUUUUUUUUUUAUCACUUUUUUGAAUGAAAUUAUUGAUUCGAAAUUUAAAAUACACUAAACAUAUAAACACUGACUGCAAAUCAAUUUGAAACAUAUUUUCCUAUAGAAAAAAAAAUAACCUUAAAUAUAGUUAUUUUUUCGGUGAAGUUUUCGUACACAACCUCAUAGUGAUGAAAAUUUCUAUUUCUGAAUUUAUCGUACUAAGUUAUGCAUAAAUAACUAUAAGUAAUCGUAAAUUUCAAAAAUAAAAAUAAAAGUUUCGAAAUUAAGGUCAUUUUGUCACUCAUUUACUACGAAUUCACAGUUCUGUAGUAAAUUGCAUACUGUAUUAUGUUUACUUACUAGACUGUUUUUAAUAAUUUUUUAAAAUAUUUAGAGUUGAUCGAUUCAACUCAACAAAUUUAUUAUGGUAUCUAUUCGUAACUUGAGUACACAACCUUUACUCGUGUACUCGACUGUUUUAUUGAAAAAAAACAAAAACAAAAAUUUAAUAACCGAAAAAAAACAUUUUCAAAUCCAGAUAUUUGCGAUAAGAAGGCCAUGUUGAUGGUUUGAAACUCGACUCAGCUCGAUUUCAAAAAACCACAACUCGCCAAACUCUAAUAAUAUUAUAUAUGGAAUAAGCGAGCAACAGCAGCUAGUAUAUUAAUAUAGGUACCUUUGAAACUGUAGUUUUACCGAGAACCUUACCUGAACUAAAACUUUUAGACGUUUAUUUCAUAAUAUCUGGUCCGGUUGCCGGUCGGGUUCAGUCGGGUUUUCGGCGCAUCCGAUAAAACAUUGAAUUUCGAGGAAGACAUUCGAACCGUCAUUGACCACAAUGACCACGACGGCGACGGUGGCAUCUUAUGUAUUUAAAUAAUUGGCAAAGUUUCGACAUGAGUUGACUGCAGUUUUAAUGCGCCGUUAUCGAAAGUUGACCGAAGUCCGGGAGCACAGAAGAACAUUAUAAUAUUUUGUAUACAGUGUUGCUGGUACCUACCGAUAAUCCGCGAUUGGAUCAUGUGCUGCAAAUGUUCAAUAACGCGGUUUAGGUGUAGUUAGGUAACCUACGAAUCGGAUCGGAUGAUAAUCGUUUAUACAGAGUGUCCAUGAAAGAACGUUUUUUUUUUUUUUUAAUUUUCCCAUUUCUUUGUUUUAUAUCGACAUCACUGUACCGAAAAGUUUUCUUAUCUGAAAAACCUGAAGUUUUGCAUGAUAUCGUUCGUUUUUGUUUUCGAGUGUUAUGAAUGCGCCCGUAACCAUGGAAAGAUUGCUUAUGGAAAUGCACGUUUUGGUUUCCCGAUAGACUCAUCUCAUUGCGUGGGGACCAAAGCUCGCCACAGCACAAUCUUGCGACCUCACCGCCUGCAAUAUUUUUUUUAUAAAGUUACGUUAAAUCGAAAAUGUACGAGAAUAAUCCCUGCGAUCUCUCCCUAUUCAAACGAGAAAUCCGAAGAGUGAUGGGAGGAACUGGAUGACGAAAUGUGUGAGCGCAUUAUCGCAAAUUGUAUGGUCAGAUCAACUGCCUGUAGAGUCAAUAGGUUUCAUAGAUAAACUUCAGGAUCUUCUGAAUAUAACUUAAAAUUUUUAAAAUUCUGAUAAAAUAAAAAAAUUAUUGCAUUUUAUAAAAAAAAAAAAAAAAAAACGUUUUUUCGCAGAUAUCAUUUACAAUAUACACUAAAACUUUGAACGAUGAGUUAAACAAUUUGUAAAAUAAAAAAAAAAAUACAUAUAUAUACAUUAUACUUACAUAAAAUAAUAUUCCCUAAAACAUACUAAGGGAAAAUGGUUAUUUAACUUUGGAUUCAGGGAAUAGAUAGAUUCAUUUAUUAUUCAUAGAAUUUGUUUAUGUACUUAAAUUCUGAUGAAAGAGCUAUUCGUUUUGCAAAUAGUGUGUUUUUCAUCGCUCCGACUUUUUCAUCUCAUACCCUAAAACACGCAGAUUGUUUACCUCGUAGUAGAACAUAAUAGUAUUAUAUAAAGGGAUUUUAGAUAUUCCCAAUACUUUUUCUAAACAAAAAUUAUUUUUAUGAAGUUUUUUUUUCUUGAAGCAAUGGUCGAUUUCUCUUAAAAUAGUAUAUGCGUUGCAUAUUCACAGGCGUAACUAGACAACCAACUUUGUUGGUGUUAAAAUUAUGGACACAUAAAAAAUCCCAUAGGAACUAUGACCCCAUAAUCUCUUUUACACGAUUAUUACAAUAAGAAACUAUACAUUUAAUUUACAGUUUUGUAUUUAGUAAGUUAUCAUAACUAUUUUCACAUUAAUUUUCAUAUAAUAUGUCUGUAGGGAAAUUUGUAUUUUGUUUUGAUCAUUAAAUAUGAAAUACAUAGAUAAAAUAUUUAGUCACCACUAUGAAAAAAACUUAUUUGUCUUUUAUUGGAGGCGCUAAAGACCAUCUAACACCCCCUAGUUGCACAUAUGCGCAUAUUAUAUUAUUAAUCAACAAUAAUUAAAUUAUUAAGUAGUACGGAAAAAGCGUGCACCAACAAUUUAUAAUAAUAAAUUUUGACGUCGUUUCCAUGUGAUGUGUUUUUAGGCCUUCAAUUCCAGUUGGUAUGACCCCAGGGGUCCGCCAGGCGUGUGCAGUUGCAAUUUGACCACACUGUUCGGCCCCGGAAACAUACCGGAACUGUUACCAGGACCACCAGGCAAUCCCGGCAACGAUGGAAAAAUGGGAUUGACAGGACUUCCGGUUAGUAUAUGAUAAUGGUUAUUGUUAUUAUUAUUAUUAUUACAUUUGACAGCCUGCGAUCACAUUUUAGCAUUUAGCAUUUAUCUAUGCAAUUCGUAGUCAGUGACAAGCGAUACAAUACAAAUGCGAACACUUUGUAAAAAUUCAAAAUGUACUUAGAGGAUUGACUAUUUUCCAAAUUUUCUUCAAUAUUGUAAAAUUUGAAAAACUUUAUUUGUGUCGCAAUGAUCAUGAGUUUCUAUGUUCUUUACUAAGAUACGUUGGAAUUAUUUUAUUUUUUUUAUUGAAUCAUUAAAUUAAAAUUAUGGUUAUCAUAAGGAAAAGGCAAAAUAUUCAAAAUAGUCAAUACGGUACAUGGUACACUCUUAAAAAAUGUUCAAAACAAAAAUUUUAGAAUUUGUUUACGAUAACCAAUGAAAUAAUUUAUUUUUCUAUUUCCAACAUAUCCAAGUGAAGAACCUAAAGAAUCAUAACUAGUUAUCAACAUUGAAGUGUUCGAAACACAAUUUUUACAGUUUGAUUUGGCUUUUAGAUUUAAAUCGACUAAAAUAUACUCUUUCACCAAUCUCCAAAAGCGAGCUCGAAAAAAAAUUAUUAUUCAAUUAACUAUUUUGUAAAAACGAUUUUUUUGACAAUUUUCGGUGAUUCGGACAUGUUUAAUAAUGUUUCUAAGAUUUUUCCCCCGGUUUGAUGAAAACUCUUAGUUGAUUUUAUUUAUUUUCUUAUAUUUUUUUCGUUACGGUUCACCAAUUUUGAUCUACCUUCUUUUUCAUUCGAGUGUACCUAAACUGACCCACUUUAUGUCCAGCUGAAUACAUUAUUAUAUAAUGCUAUAGCAUUUAAACAUAGCGUUAUUAAUUCUACUUUCGGGAAAUAUUAUUGAAUUAACAUAUAUUAAAAUAUCGUGAUAUUUAUUUUCCCGGUGUUUAAACAUUCGUUCAAUGAUUAUGUGUAUUGAAGUGUAACAUAAAAUUUACAAAAUUGUAUAAUAGAUAUUAAUAACGAAUUUUCGAACCUACCAACAGCAUUUUAAGAUACUAGUAAUGUUCUAUUUAUAAUGUAUAUAUUGUACAGUAAUUUAUUAGCAAACGAAUAAUAUUUUGUAUUCUAUAUAUUAUUCCAAUAUUAGUUAUUAUUUUAUCACGAACUUAUAAUUAUCUUUUCAGUGGAUUUAUAUCAUUUCUGUUUUUUUCCAAUGUUUAUAGAACCAUUUAAAUUUCAUUUUUACACAAUUUCCUAAUUUUUACCCCUUACUCCUUAUACUUUAAAUGAUUGGUUUAAUUAUGGUUUUUAUAUAGCAACAUUCCUUCUCUCUUUUCAACAUAUUUUUUUUUUUUAUAUCAAAAGAGAAUAUUUAGAGAGAUUUUUAAAAAUUGGUUAAAGUAAUACAUUUAUAAUAAUGGUGGUAAUUGAUUGUGAUAAAAAAAUUACCGUGCAAAUUUGUAUUUAAGUAAAUAUUUUACUCUUAGACACUAUGUAAUCUACCAUAAUAUAGUAUACGUAUCGAUUAAUUCGGUUCAAAUUUAUUUAUUUUUUUUUUAAAAUCUCUUUUCUGGUUAUAAAAUAAAAUUUACAUACAAAUUCUGCACGAGCAAAUUUUACCUAAGGAUCCCUAAACGAAUUCCUUAACGUCUUCCAUAAACAAAUAAAAAAAAAAACCCUAUGCAGAUAUACCAAAAAAUCAGUACACGCAGCGUGCAUUCUUUAAAUAAUUAGGUGCCCAAAAUUGUAAAUACCAGUACUGCACCGCAACACGCGAUGGCACAUACUAUAAUAUGAAUUCUCGUCCUGUACUUUCAAGACAUAAAAUAAUAGAGUAGAAAAUUGGAUACCGAAAUAGGUACCUUAUAUAUGGAUAAGACUUUUGAUAUUGUGUUUUUUUUUUUUUUUGUAAAUAUUUAAAAUAUUUUACAUAUUUUUUAAUACUCGGCAGGACAAAAGAGUAUGUAGACUAGACCUACAAUAUAACAAUGUAAUACGUAGGAUAAAGGUAUAUCGUAUAUGGGACAAAAAAGGUAGAAAAUAUUAUUUUUAAAACAUUACCGGAUCGAGUUUUUUUUUUUUGCAUAGUUCGUAUUAUUUUAAGUUGUAACCACAAAUUUACAACCACAAAAAUGAUAUAACCAACUAUAUGCAAGAAUCGAAACUUUUAAGGAAUUCAAAGAAAAUGGAAUCAGUAAGAUCAGUAUAAAAUACAGAAUUGUUACGAUUGUAGACAUAUAUAUAUAUAUAUAUGGGUUGAUAAAAAAAUAAACCUCAUAUGCUUGGUAAAAUUCAAUAUGUUUAAAUUGGCAUUAUUACUUCUGGCGAUCUAAAAGGUUGUAGAUAUAUUUUUAUUGAUAUACGUUAUAACUAUAGGUAUACUAAUAUUUUUUUUAUUAAUAAAAAAAAAAUCGAGUUUGGUAAAUCGCCAAUAACAACAGCACUGUACGAGUUAAAUGAGACCUAUACCUACUAUACUAUUCGUUCGAGGGAUUAUUAAAGUCAAUAAAGUGAUCACUUGGGAAAUCGAGAACGGUUCUUAUACGGCUAUAUCUACUCUAAUGAUAAAUAAUAUAAUGAAAUUUUGGUUUUGGAAUUGCCCCGGCAGUAUAGUUAUUGUGAGUGUGUGGGAAACAUAAAAAAUUACAACAACCCGUUCAAAACUUUCGAUUUAGGGUUGUGUGUAUACACACGGAGAAAAGGUAAUUUUAUAAGCAUACGCAACAGUAUUAAAUAAGCUUAAAUAUAUAAUAUACAUAUCGAAAAUAUCUAUUAAUGGCUAUCGUAUACUAUAUAACAAAUAAAACGAAAAAUUCGAACAGACAAUUUUGUGUUUUAUUUAAAAAAACAAAAAAACCAAACGGACAUACUUCGUUCGAAGGGUGGCCACUGUUGUAGGUGAAAAGUUAGGAAAGUAAAAGGGAAAUUUAAUGUAUAUCUGUACGCAGAAUCCAUGGAGUUGAUACGAAUAUUUUUAACUAAAUUUCAACAAAAAUAUUAAAAUUUUUAUAACAAAAAAAAAAUGGCAAAAAUGUUUUUAAAAGGCAAAUAUAAGUUUUCUUUCUAAUUUAAAAUCUCUACGAAUAUUUUGAACUGAAUUACAACAAAUAACAAAAUUGAAAUAUAAUAAAAGCAUUAUUUUUGUAAAUUUCCCGUUUUUCUUACGUUUUAUCCUGGUUUUUCCAUAAUAUUAAAAACAAUGAUUAAAAACCGUUUGGAAAAUUAAAAAAUGAUCUCCCAAAAGUACCAUCUGGACAACGUUCCCUUUCAGAAAUGCCGCGCGUUUAUAUCUGAACAAGAUUUCUGGUAGAGUUUUUGUUGACAGUACAAAAAAAAAAUAAACAUCUUGGUAAAAUCAAUACAUUCUUCGAUACACUCAGAAUCUAAAAUAGUACAAGUUUUAUUGAGUUAUUUUCUUAUAAACGUUUCGGGAAAAUAAUAACUCGAACGUUGUUUUAUCAAAUGAUAUUUUUACCACUUCCAUUACAAUCGACGAAACCUGAAAUAACCGUCAAUACGCAUAGGCCACAUAAUAUUGUUUUUAUUAUGUUAUUAGUCUAACAUAAUAUCUGACACGGUCCCUAUUGUUAUUUUAUUUCAACGUGGAAAAAAAAAUUAAAUAAUGCGAAUAGCAUUUAAAAGUAUCUAAAAUUGCAUUAUAAAUAAAGAAAAUCAACAAAAUUGCAAUCAAAUCAAAAAGAAUUCCAAAAAUGUUCACUAAAAAUGUUUGGAUUUUAAUUCGUACUUGUAUGAAAUUAAUUAAAAACCUACUUAGCAACUAAUUCGAACAAUAGAAAAAAAGUUGCAACUGGUGAACCCCAUUUAUUUUAUUCACAUUCUUUCGCCUAGCCUGACUGUCUGAGAUACCCAAAACUAUAAACUUCAAAGGUCGUAUUGGAUAAAAAAAAACGUAGACAAUCCGCACGUCCAUAAUAAGUUCUAAAUAAUUUCGUUACAGAAGUUCCGCAGCUUUCAUCAUAUCAAAUAUGAACGAUUAGGUAUUAUUAUUAAUACAAUCCAUUCCGUUCCAUUAUAAUAUUGACGAUACGCAUUUGGCGGGUUCGUAUAAUUUCACUUCCGGGAUACAAAAUUGAUUAAGGGUCCGACAUUUCGCUACCACAAUAAUACAAACCUGUAUAUACUUAUACGUACGUGUACAACGUUGGGUUAUUGGUUGAAACGAAAAUAUCAAAGUACAAAGGGAACGUAAUAUUGUACUAUUAGGUACUGCUGGACACGGAAUAUUUUGACGUGGUUUAUGCGAACAAACGCGAUUUAGGAUAUAAAAUCAACGAAACGAUGAAAUUAAUGUAACAGUGACUUUUUUCGGUCGCUUAAAACUCGGGAUUUUCAUAUGUAUCUUGAAUGUAAUAUCAAUAUCUAAUGCAUUAUGUGUAUAAAAUGGGACGGGGAACCUCUGUUCAAUAUAACAAACAUUGUUUGGAAACUAUUAAAUUAUCUUAUAAAAAGAUAAGAAUAUGUUUAUUUGGACGCCUACGAGCUGGUUCUUAAUUACCUACCAAAUUUGUAUCCUGGUUAUUCUAUAUGUUUAGUUUAUAUUGAGUUUGUUUUGUCAUACAAAUAUGUACCUAAAUAAAUGUAGAUGUGCAUAUGAAAUAAUUACGAAUUGGUUUCAACAAACUGUGUUUAUAAUAACAGAAAAACAGAAUUAUUACAAUCGUACAACAAUUUACAAUUAUUUGUACAGGACGUUUACAUAGUUGUUUAUAAACUGUUCGUUUUAACUUAUUACUUGAUUUUCGUCCCUCUUCAGUAUUUUUAAUUAUAUUUUUCACGAUUGCGUUAUAGCUAACAUUCCUCAAUACUAUUUAAACCAUUUAUUUUUUUUAAAACAAUAUGUUUUUGUACAGUAAUCCACCGUUUGACGUUAAACCACCCGUGGUUUUUUUUAAAUUGUUUUCAUUUAACAUAGCCGUAUUAAUUUACAUAGUCCCACGCUUAUGUUAUAACAAAAUACACGCAUGGGUGUGACUAACUGUAGUCAAUCAGGACUGAUGUAAAAAAUAGUAUGAAGAUACGAAUCUACCUAUCCGGUAGCAUAUUUAGGAAUUUAUAAGAAAAUUAUUCAAUUUAAAAAUUGUACCAUAUGUAUUACCUUUUAUGAGCAGACUUUAAUAAAAGGUUAAAAUUUAGUAUAUAUUUGUAAAUAUAAUUUAUAGUUAAAUUUGCCCUAUAAUUAAAAUUAAUAUCACAAUUACUAUAAGAAAAAUAUGAUUUAAUUUAAGACUUAAAAUAUUAACCACUAAAGAGCCAUUAAGUGUAUCUCAAAUUUAGGUAAUCCUGGUAGUUAUUACGAGCAGUAGCGCACACAGUUUUUUUUUUUUUUUUGGGAGUAGAUGUGCCCACAACAUUUUCUAGAGAGAGGAUAGCACUUAUAAUCAGUACAGUACUAUUACCAUUAUUACCGAGUAAAUUAUGAUAGAAUUUGAUGAAAAUAAAUGUUAUUAUUUUAUUCUGUAAUAUUACGCGAUAAUAUAUUAUACUGCUGAAUGUAAAACUUGAUUUAAAAAAAUUAAAUUAAGGAUGGGGGUGGGUUCUGAAUCCUAACCACGCCCUCUGUGCAUGUUACUUCUGACGGAUAUUAUUUUAAAUGAAAAAAUAUAUACGAUCUAAUUUAAUCUGUCUGUACAAUAUUUAGAUUUUUCUGAUUAAGAAUUCUAAAAAGGUUAUAUUUAAAAAAGACGGACAUACUUUGCACAUGGGUGCCACUAUUAUAUUGGUGGGAAGUAGGGUAAGUAGAAUAUAACCCAGAAUUUAAUAUAUAUAUAUAUAUAUCUGUAAGCAACGAUAGACAAUUGCUAACGAAUAAACUUUCUGAGCAGAGUUAAUUUAAUAGUGUUGCUUUGUCAGCAACAUAUACAUAUUAUUCCACAUUAUGGUAAACAAUGUGCGUUUCCAUGACAACAAUGAUUGUUUUAAAAAUAGUAUAAAAUAAUAAAAACAUAAUAAUAACAAAAAUAAACAAAAACGGUUGCUAAAUGACAACCUUGUUUUUAAUUUUUAAAUCUUGUUUUAACUUACAAUUCCAGGUUUUCCUCAUUAUCUCGAAUAUCAAUGAUAAUUUCAAAAAAUGACCCGUUUUUAACACCACCCAUUUUAUACUACUAUUUUAUACAAAAUUACAGGAACUAACUUGGACAUUUUUUUGAUUCUAGUUAAUUUUUAUUGGGAACUGAUUCAUAUUUUUAAUUUUUAUCUGUUUCACUUAUGAUCCAAUUCCAUUUUCACGUUUUAUUUGAAGUCAUAACGUUUAAGAAAGUAUAAAUUACAUGGUUGUUUUCAUUUCUAUAUUUUGUCGUAAUAGACAACCGCGACGACGACGAAAUGUUUUGUUUUUCGCAACUAGCUGUUAUGCAAUAAACACACGAACUUUCAAACGAAUUUGAAAAAAAUAAAACGCAAUUAUUUCUGUAUAUAAAACAUAUUUUCAUUUAAUGGAUUUUUUUUUCUCGAAAACACCGAGUUCGUCAAAUCGAGGUUACUUAUUAUACAUUAUUUAUUAUAAAUAUAGUAUAUGGACAAAGACCGGGUGCCACGUGCAGCCCCGUCAAUCCUUCCUCGUGAUAACAAUAAUAAUAGUAUAAGAAACAUUAAAAAUAUAUACUUGUAUAAAUUUAACGAUCGAUUUUUUUUUUAUAUACAGGGUAUCGAAGGAACUCCGGGCAAGCAAGGACCAGAAGGACCUAGAGGUAAAAACAAAUAACAGAUAUUUUAUUUUAUUCAACGUUAGUUUAAUAAACCAAUAAGAGUUUAUUGCUGCAUGAGUACGUAACUGCGAUUUCUCUCCUGGAGCAAGCAAACUAUAUCAAAUAUAUGAUACUUAAUAAAAACGAAAACAAGAAAUUAUAUUUCCUUUAAUUCACAGUUCAGACACAUUAUUUCUGUACUAAACGUGGAGCAACUCUAAUACAAUACACUAUAUAUUUUACGGGUAUCUAAUAUUAACAAAGCGAUAUUUUAACAAAAUUAAAUACUAGAGAUAUUUUUAGUAUUGGUGAGGAGGGAAAAUUUUAAUAUUAAUUUGGUGUUGAGUGAUAAAAACAUGACGUGUUAAUAUUUUGACGGAUGUAAAAAUUCGAAUUUAAAUUUGUGUUCCUCUAUUCUUAAAUCAUUUCGGUUAGGUUAGGUUAUGCCACCUAAUUUCUCUUAAAUCUGCUGAGUAUAUAUUAUUAUACUCCCGCCAAUCACCAUUUUGUCCGUGAAGCUGAGUGCGACGAUCGUCUAAUAAUUCUAUCUGAGCGAUCGGCUUUAUCUAUAACGAUAAAGCCGGUUUAAAAGUACGUCUUAAACUAAAUUACCGAUAUAUAUAUAUGUAUAGAGAGAGAGAGAGAGGGAGAAGAGAAAGAGAGACGAUACGCGGGAUUUGGAUUCCAUUCAAAGUCGCUUUUAUACGCACUGCACUUAGCGCACUUAUUUUCUAUAAUUCGAAUGUCCCGAAAUAAUAACUUAGUAGAAAAAGAAAACUGUCUAUUCCAUCCGAUUAGGUACUUCUAAAUUAAAUUUUUAAUUUUUGGAAUGUGUUAAAUUAACAAAAUUGUAAUGCUAUAUUCAGUGCUCACAGGUAUAUCACUGUAAUAUUUUGUAAUGGGUAGUUGGAUUGAUGGAAUAUAAUAAAAUUAAAGUUUGGAUGUUUCUGAAAUUGCAUAUUUUUUCUUUUAACUAAUUCAAUUCUGACCUGGAUAUAAAUUUGAUUUAUGUUCUACUGAAUACAAAAAUACUAUUACUACUUUGCAUAUUUUAUGAUUUUGUAUUUUAAAUGCGUAUUUUAAAAUUUUAAGAAUAUAAAUGCAUAUUUCAGCAAAUUUUUAACUUGUACAAAUUUUAGCUGAUACACUACCAGAGUGUUCUGAAAAUCAUAGUCCCGAAUCGUGUUUUCUCCCAUUCUUUCGAUUCCAACCUCUCUAAAUCUGUGUUCUGUCAAUCCAUGAUGUUAUCGGCCUAUCGCCGGGCCUUCUCUCUCUGCUUAUCAUUUCCGAUUGCCAACCUACUUUGCUCCUUUCACAUGACGUGUCCCAGCCACAUUUUAGCUAUAUACUAAUAAUGAUGAAUGCCUCCUUCAUUUCCCUUAUACACUCAUUAAACUUACCAAGCAUUUCGGAGUUUAAUUUUUUAUUUCCUAACAUACUGAAGCAAGUAGAGUGUUUGAUUUUUAUAUCGGGCAAAUUUGGUUGUAACAUAAAUUUCAAUACAUUUGGUACACCUUCAAGUAAAAAUUAUGUACACCUAAUGAUAUUUGUAUACAGUCAGUUUUUUUUUCUAUUGUGUAACACAAAAAAAAACAUAAAAACACAACAAUUAUUCAAAUUGUUCUCCGAUAUUUAAACAACAUUGUAAGUUUAUUUUUUUUUUUUAUUUUACUGUCGCCAAACGGUAAUUUACAAUUAACAAAUGAAACGAUAGUAUUAAAAAUAUUUUUUUUGACAGACUUACUAAGAUGAUAACAUGCAAAAAGCAACAGCAAAAUAUAGUAUUAUAUAAACAAACAGUAGAAAAACAAAUAGAUAAAAAAUGAACUAGACGGCUUUAUUGACACAACGAAGCAUGAAGUAUAAAGGAUUUUUGUGACCGUAGGAAGUGGAGUGAAUAGGGAUAUGAAAAGGUGUAUGAUGUCUUGAGGUGUAGACAGGAACACGGAAAUUAAUAGAGGAAAGGGGGUCUGGGGCAUCUAUUGAACCAUAGAGUAGACCUUGAAUAAAACGGAAAUCAGCAUUAACUUGUCAGAAAGAAAGCGUGGAGAUGUUUAGCUUUAAAAGUACGGAUGAGUAGUCAUGUUGUGGAUGCACAAUUUUAAGCAGAAAAUAGAUAGACAAACCUAUUCUGGACUCUUUUUAGUCUUUUGCUAAAUGGGCUUGCUAAAUCAUCAUACCAUAUUUCAAAAUUGGGCGCACAUGAGAUUGGUAAAGUGUAACGAGACAAUGGACAAAGCUAAACAUUUUAGUGUUACAUUUUAAGAAACCCAGAACUUUCAGUGUUUUUCAGACGGUAAUAUUAAUGUGGUAGUUAAUGUCUAAGGAGGGAGUGAAAUUUAUAUCAAGAUCUUUAUUAACAAAAACACUCGCCAGGGGAAAAGCCAUUGAUAUGAUGAGAAACAAAUAUUGGGUUAUGAUGCCUAAAAAAAGUUAUGACGGCUAGGUUCAAGCUCAGACCAAUAAACUUGAUCCAUUGAGCGAACUGUAGUAAAUCCUUAUUCAAUCCUUUAUACAAACUUCUUCUUUGUCUACAUUUAAAACGGAAAAAUAACAUUUGUUUGUAGAACAAAUUAAUCAUUAUUGCUAGAUAUAACUACCUAUACAUAUUACUCACCUUGAAAAUAUCGUCCAAUUACGUAAAAAAAACUGACGAAUUCGAAGUUUUAGGUUUAAAUUUAAUUCCCAAGAUUAACUAACAAUAUCACGACGAAAUUGUCCGUAAUAAUACGCAACAUGGUGUCAUCAAUUUAUCAUUUCCAAGUUCCAACCAUAUUAAUAUUAUACUUACAGUUUGUUAUUUUUUGCAAUUUACGUAAUAACUUGUUUGGUUUAAAGCAGCUCUGUUCCGUAAUACCAUCCAGUUAAAUUGCAAAGCCAUCCGCAGUUGUCAAGUUAGAGAAUUAAAACUAUUUUCGAACCUUAUAAUAAUACAAUUACUUUAUGAACGAUGAUAAUAUAAUAAAAAGUAUUAUAAAUAAAAUUAAUUGGUUUUUGUACGACGUCGUAUCCUUACACCUACGUAAAAUAAUCGGUAAUAUAUUUUAUGCGAAAUGAGCGCACGAAGCUUUUUAUUAAAUAAAAUAAUCUCUGCGGAAAUCGUUUGAAAUCAAUAUGUAUGCGCAACACACUAGAUAUAAAACAAAAUAAUUGUUUUAACACGUAAGUUUAUCAACGGAAACUUUCACAGUCUUUUAAAAUCCAUAAAAUUAUACUAUGUACGUAAUAACACAAUUUAUGUAAUACCUACUUAACUAUUAUGUAAAUCCGUUAUUUUGGUGGUUCACUUAGGUUUUCUUACAGUAGUCGUAAAAAAACUGUUAAGUAUUUGUUAAGUAUUCGGAAAACGGUCUUUCGCUUAGUAAAAAUCUUCAGAUGUUUUUCAUGUAUUCUGCAUUAGGUAUCUAUGAAGAUCCGGAAAUUCUGUCCGGUGAUACUUUAGUUUUCUAAAAUUUUUAAAUUAAUUAAUUAAUUAAUUCAAUUUUUCUAAAUGUAUUUAUUUAACACUGACAACAAAUCAUUAAAUCGGUUUUUUUUAAAUUCUUUUCUGUAAGGUUAUUUUAACAAUAAGGAAAAAAAUAAACUGGAACCUUAUCAGUGUAACAAGCUCAGAUCAAAAUCGUUUUGGAUUUCGUUGACUCAUCAUUGCUUUUUUUUUUUAUCGCAUAAUAAUUAGUAAAAUAACAAUAAUCAUAAUACUUCCAUAAAAACUUCUGGUCAUAAUAUGAAAAUAGAUACUCAUUCUAAGUACAUUAGAGUUAAUCUGACAUUUCAUGUUUGACAGGGAUAAUGUCCUUACAAUAUAAACCUCCUCCUAACCUUUCCAAUACUAUAUUUCAUUUGUAUAUUUUUGGUUUGUUUCAUAAAAAAGCAUUGUCAUCCCUAUAACGCAAUUAACGUCAAAAAUGUUUAAAAAAUAUUUAGCCACGAGAACAAAAAGAAAAAUAAUAAUAAUAACAAUAACAAAACUAACAAAUUCUCUUUCAACCUAGUUAAGUUACUAGGUAUAUAUUUCCUACUUGUUUUUAAAUUUGACGAGUAGAGUUUGUUUACAAUUAAUUUUCGUCUUUAUUUCCCAUGCAUAUUUUCGAUGCUAUUAGAAUACUACAUUUUUUUCUUUUGUUCAAAUUAUAAUUUUAUUUCUAAUCCAAUCGACUUAUUUUUUAUACGAAGCUUCUAGAUAUUAUGUUUAUCGACAUUUGAAUUAAGAGGGAUUAUUCUUUUUCGAAAAAUAUUCCGUAUUUUUUAUGUUUUACAAUCUCAUUUAACACUGCAGCAUUUACAAUUUAUUACGCAUUUUUUUUUUUUUUUAUCUUUAUUUUUUUUUUUUCAAUUCAAGUUCUGGCGAUUGUUAAUAAUUGUUACUGCUAACAUUAUUUUUUGGUCACUGUUUCUUGAACAUUUCGAUAUUAUUCAUAAUAUACUAACAAUGUAUACCUAAUUAAAACGUAUUAUAAUAAAUGAAUUUAAAAUUUAGCAUUUAUACAUUUCAGGUGAAAAGGGUGAUCGAGGAAGUGAUGGUCCACAAGGAAAUGAAGGUGUACAAGGCCCUAAAGGUAAAUAAGAAAAUAUAAAUUAAAUAUAAAAUAAAUAAUUACUUUAAUACCUACCUUUAUGGAUGUUUACAAUAGGUUAUAUAUUUUUUCUAAAAUUUAAAAGAAAAACAUAGUAUAAGUUUAAUGGUAUCUAUAACAUAGAGCAAAGAUACCUUAUUUUUAGUUUGUUUUUAUACUUAUUACUUUUGCAGGAGACCCCGGUGUUAACGGAGAACGAGGUUUACAAGGUCCUCCGGGUCCACCAGGACCUCCCGGCGAGUCACGUUUUCCAAAUAACGAUGUAAGUUUUCUCUAUAUUUCUAUUACAGUAUUAAAAAAUAUUAUGAAAUUAUAAAUAAAAUACUUUAUUUCUAGUACCUAUGUAUUUUAAUUUUUUCCUACCUACUUAAAAAAUCUACGAGUAUAUUUAAUUUUCAUUUAAAAAUGGUUGUGUUUAUUUAUUUAUAGCCAAGUUGGAAACCUAGGCCAAUUGAUAAGGUAAAAAUCAAUUUUGAGUUUUUAAAAGUUGUAGUUGAUUGGUUAGUAGUAUUAGUAUCCAAUAUUGAUUAGUAUUGUUAGUAUUUAUACACGGUGAUUAUUUUACCACAAAUCAACGAUUAUCUACGAACAUUUCGAGAUUUUUGUUUUUAUCAAUCACUAUGUAAAAUCGAUAAACAUGUUCUUGUUUACAGUGUUAUCAAAAUUUUAUCAUUAUUCUGAUGUUUCAGUCAGAUAGAUAUUUAAUGAUAUUGGUAUACGCGUAAUAAGGAUAAAAUGUUGAAAACAUAAUAUAAAAUAAGAUCACUAACGAUUCUAUAUGUCUAUAUUAUUAAUAAUGUUUGAAAAAAAAUGUUUACAAAAUCAUCGCAAAUUUAAUCAGUAAUUUAUAUCAUACGAUGUAAAACUAUUAUGCAUUGCGUCCACUGUAUCUAGAGGAUUACUGAAUCAGUUAUAUAUUAAAAACGCUAUUAUAAUAUUUAAUAUUGAUAUUUAUAUUUAAUGUUUGUACAUUAAGUUGCUGUACCUAUAUAUUAUAAUAGGUAUGUCUAUGAACGUUAUUCAAAGCAAAUAUCGCGUUAUUAUUUUCAGGACGGCAUUUGGUUCGAUUCAAAAACUGGAAGACCGGGUCCUCCGGGUCCUAAAGGAGAUCCUGGUGUUAACGGUGAUGCGGGCUUAAAAGGUACAUCAAUAGACAAAUAAUACUGUAUAUUAUUAAAUAAAUGAUAAACCGCAUAAAUAAUAAUAUCAAAAUUAUGACGGUAUAUAUCUUCGUAUACUUCAAUUUCUGCACUACACAUGUUGCUAUACCAUUUUGACUUGAAAUUAUAAAAUGCCGCUUCAUCGAAUUUUACCACUCGCGUAUACCUAUAAAUACAGUUAACUUUACCUUAUAACAUCUUAUACCACACCACGUUAGAAUAUUAUGCAAAUAGUGUUAUCAUCAUCAUCAUCAUCAUCUUACGUAAAUAAGAUUUAAGACUAAUUUAGAGUUUUAGCCGCCACUAUCAUUGCCCUUCAAUAAUCACGAUCCCGAAUCUUUUCCUAUCGUUCUGUCGCUUCCGAGUUCCUGAAUAUGUAUCUAGAUUUCACUGCAUACCGUCCAAUUGGCAUUUUUCCCGCUGGCUUCCAUUCGAUUUCCGAAAAUUGAGUGGCGUACCCGAGAACUAACUGAACAUAAUCAAACAUUCAGGAAAUCUAUCAUAGAUGUAUAUUGGUGCAUCCAAAAUAUUUUUCUCUAGCACACACAUUUGUUCAUAAAAAUAAAUUGCAUCCUUUCCACUCAAAUUGUAAUUUAAUAUUUAUGCCUGCUUAAGAAAGAUAAAUUAAAACAAAGUCUAAUCAUGCAUAAACUAAUAGACAUAGAAGAAAUUAUUUUUCGUAAAACUAGUUGGAGUUUUUGAAAUUUCAUUAAAAACGUCUCUGUGACAAUAACUAGUCUCCCCGGAUUUCGAAGACUUCGAAACUAAAAGGUAAACUGAUAGUGUUACCUUAAAUAAAACGAGGGAUUCCGUUCCACUUCGUACCCACCCACAUUAAAACAACUGCUCGUUACAUUACAAAUCAGCCGAGUAUCGCAGUUUGACCAUUUACAAUAAUUAUAUUUUGUUUACCGUAUUAUUUACCUACUAAAUAUCUGUCUAAUAAUAUUUCAAACCGUUUACAUAUUAUAGGCGCGAAAGGAAUUCAAGGCAGUAAAGGAGCUCGCGGCGAAUCGGGACCGAAAGGAAAUCGAGGUGAUAAGGUGAUAAAUUUUUUCGUAUUCUUAUUAUAAUUAUAAAUUAUUAUUUUAUAUAUUAUAUAGGUACAAAAAAAAAAAUAAUAAUAAUAAUAAAGUUAAAUCGAAUACGCGUAAACGAAUAUGAUAGUCGAUACACCGCGUAACGUUUACUAUAUUGAAAACAAUAAUAAUAUACAAGUACCCGCCUAGAACAUUAAGCCGUAAUAUUAUCGUAACGUAAAUAAUUGACAACCGACGAGAUAUUAUAAUAGGAGUGGCAGCGAUACGAACGGGAAUAAACUAUGAACUGCAGUGGCGGCGGCGCGGCGGUGGUAUAAUGUAUAUAAUAUAUUAUUAUAUAGGUAUUAAAUAUGCAUUCGGACAGUUUAGUGUGAUUGGAUUGAAAACGUAAAACCCUUUCGCGAUAAUAAUUAUUAUCAUUGUUUCGAACGCUAUGACGGUUUUAUUGGAUAGAUGGGCACCUGGCUAGGUGUACAACAGGCGUGAGGCGCUGUAGGUACGUAUAUAGAGGAAUAUUAUUCCGUUUAAUGGCGGUGGAUUUCCGCGCUGACCGCCGUGUAUUUUAGUGCCGGUGGUCGAUGAUUUAUUCGUUUUAUCUCUUAUAUAACGUAGAAUAAUAAUAAUAAUAAUAACGAUAACAAUGAUAAUAAUUAAUAGCUAGGUUAUCGAGUAUAAUGUUGUUACGAUAUUAUUAUGACCCGAGAAAAAUAUUUCAACAUUUAAUAAAUAUUUGUACGUAUACUAUAUGUAAUGGGUAAUUUCUUGUUUUUUUUUCAUCACGAUCGAAUGAUUUUCGUCGGAGGAUUAUACGUAUGAUUUCGACUUUGACAGUUCCUAUCCCCCCCCCUCUUAAUCGUUAGGGAAUUUAUCGUUUAAAUUUUAUUUUAACACUGCUGGUCCCAAACCACCGCAGGGUCUGCUGUACCCUGAUCCUUCAACGUACACGUAUGUACCUUAACUAUAUUUUUAUUAAUGAAUAUUGACUUUUGAUUAUCAAACGGCAACCUUCAUCCUACCAUUCAAUAUAUAAAUUCCAAAAACACAAUUUCUUCUGGCUCGUGAACAUCGCGAUAUCGAAUAACAAAACCGUUUAUAGUUAAGUAUAACAGUUAUGGAAGACUUUAUCUACUGAAAAAAGCCAAAUUAAUUUUACUUAAAAUAUGAUAAAAAUAAAAAAAAUCAUCAUGGUAUACAUAUACCUUAAUAUUUUUUUCGGCCGUGUUUAUAGUAUUAUUAUUUCGAAUUUAAUUUUAAUUUAUCGCAUUUCAAUACCAUCAAUUAAAUUGUUUGUUAUAUUAUUAUUUUUUUUUUCGACAUCGUAUCUCAUAUAGAAAUGAGUGAUAUAUCUUAUGCAAUAUGGUAACGAAUAAAAAUACUACUUACAUUUGUUAUAUGUUUUCAUUUUCAAAAAGUUCUAUAGUGUUAUAAAUAGAGCGCAGAUUUAUAUUCUCUUAAAAUAGCAAAAUAAGAUGCUUAUUUUCUCUAAAAAUAUUAUUAAAUCAUGCAAAAAUAUGUUUUUUAUCAAUAUAUUCUCUUAACAUUAAAAUAUGUACUUAUAUGCAAAACAAAUUUAAUAAAUAAUUAAUUAACAAAACCAAAAACACUAUUAAAAUAAUAAUAAACUUGUAUUUUUUUUUAUAGUUAUUUCAGCAUUUCAUUAAAUUACAACUUCUAAAUAAAAGCAUAACAGAAAUAAAAUAUAAAAAAAUGAUUUUUUAAUUUUAUUAGGUUAUAUAUUUUCUUUAAUAAUAUUUGUAAAAAUUUCAAAAUAGAUAAAUUGCUACCAUUAAAAGAUUGGGUAAAAUUAUUGUAGAAAAGUUAUCCACAGGAAAAAAGAAGACCAUAAUAUUUUUAGCUCUAACCUAGAUAUCUUACAUUUUCCCGAUUGUUUGUCGGUUUUUCACUUUUUGUUGAACAAACUCCGGAAAAAAUCGAAAAAUGACCUCUCUAAAGUACCUACCCAAUAGAAUGUCCUUGUAGAAAAUAUGCAACACGUAAAAAUAGGAGAAAGUCUUCUGGUAGAAAUGCUAUACACAGAAAAAAAAAAUUAAAAAAACAUCUUUGUAAAACCACAGGCUUCUUCGUUCUACUCAGAAUCUAAAAUUCGACUGACAGGACGUGUAUCAACGUCAUUUUGCCGUAUUCAUAUAAUGAUUAACAGUAAAGUAAUAAUUUUUGCACUUCAUUAUGAUUUGCUCAUUAUCAAAUCGUAGUGGCAUUGAAAACUAUCUUACGAUGUAUACACCCAUUAAUAAAUUAUUAUAAAAUAGAAAAAAUUUAUCGUAGUGGUUGACAUGUAUAUAUUUUUUUAAUUCCUGGAAAUAUUUUAAUUCAUCAAUGUUUAAUUUUCAAAUAUGGAAAAAAAUGAUUUCAUAUUCUCUUAACAUCAAAAUAUGCACUUAUAUGCAAAAUAAAAUUUUGUAUUCUUUUACUGUGAAUCGUUGACAAUUUUACUCUUAUAAUUGUGCAUACAUCCAUUUAUACAUGUUUUUAUAUAGAAAUUCGCACUCUAGUUAUAUGUGUUACGUAAAUCACGAUAACAUUGACAUAUUAUCGUUGUAAUUUAAUGAGUUCUAAAUUUUAUCAUCCCAAGUGAAUAUUGCAAAUCUGAACUACAAUAAAAUAAUAUUACUCGGUAUACCAAUACUCACGCAUAGUUAUUUGUACUCAAAAAGAUCUUUAAAAUGUCAUAUCAAAAAAUGUCCGUUUUUUUAUAGAAAUUGCGGGAUAAACCAAUAUUGACGCAUUACUUAUACAGAUACCACGAAUUAUACAUUUUACAAUUAUUUCUCAGAAAAUAUACUACAUUAAAAGAACUAAACGGCUCUGAUAAAUGCAUUAUAUAUUAUUAUUAUUAUUAUUAUGAAAUGUUAAACAUUCAAGUUUGAAGCAUUUUUUACUGGAUUUGAAACCACUCGGAAAAUAAAAUUAUUGUUAACAAUACGUGCCUAUAGUAAAUCCCGAAUAUUUCUGUAAAUUACUUAAUUUACCAGUAAAAAUAUCUCAGAAAUCAGUAGUCGCAUAUCAAAUCUAAAUAAUCUAUAUUAAAUGAAAAUAUUUCACUAUAAGUUAUAGAACGUUAUUCUUAAAUUAAUAAUCUUAAUCAAAUAAAGCUUAACAAAAUCAAUAAUAUUAUUUUAAAAAAGGCUGAUACUGUUUUUGGAUGCAUUACUCUUGUGAAUGAGAUUUUAGGAAAGUAGGAUUACAUAGAGUUAUUAAGUUUAGAUCAAUGUGCAACGAUCAACCGUUGCUAACGAUGUACGACUCUGAGCGAAGUUCGGUUAAGUGCGUAUUGUAAUGCCGUAAUUUUUAUAAUUUUCAUUCAAAAAAAAAAAAUCUACAUUAUGCUCAAUUUUUUUACGAUUAAGUUAAAUUUUGUAUUAUAUUAUCAAGCAUUUCUGUACGGACAAAAAAUUAUAUUUACAUAAAACAUAAAAUAAAAAAAAAUAACAUAAAUAUACAAUCGUUGAGCAGCUUGUUUCCGGAAAAUAUUAAUACUCCUGAGAUAAUGAAUGUCUUAUUAUGAUAGUUUGAUCAUCCCGUGGUGUAUAAUGUAUUCAAAAAUAUAUUAAACAAUUAAUUUUUUUUUUUUUAAGGAUAUUAUGUAUUAUAGGAUAAUAGGAUUUACCUAUUAUUCGUGAUCAAUAGUUAUUAUUUUGAAUUAAUAAGUACAUUCAGGGUCUGUAAAUAUCUGGAAUUAGUAACUACAUACUGUUUGAGCGCCCAGGAACACUAUAAAUCGAUUGAAAAGUCGCUAUACGUGCUGCAGGUGUUUUUGUUUGUAUUUUUCCAAGCGAUUAAAAGUUCUUUUCUUUUUAGGUGUACUACUUACCUAUGCUUAUGUUUAUUUUAAUAUUACUUUCGUUUUCUUUUUCUUAACUAUUUUUUUUUUUUUUUUUUGACAUUCAUUUAUUUCUAAGAAACUCAGUUACUUUACGCUUUUUUUUGGAUUAAUAUUUAUUCCGAGUAGAAAUUAUAAUAGGUAUUAUCAUAUUAAGUAGUCGUCUAAAGAAAAAAAGAAUAAUAAUAAUAAUAAAUCUAUAUAGAUACCUCUUUGAAGUUGGAAGUACUCUUAAGAGGAGUAUACCUAAUACAAUAUUGUUAUAAUUAUUUAAAAUGUAAUGUCGGAAAACUUCUACAUUUAAUGAAUUCCGAAUAACGUUGAUUGUUUGGGAUAAAUUAUUAUAUUUUAAUUCAAUUUUAAAAAGUUGUUUUUUUUUUCUGAAAAUAAAUUUACGUUCUUUAUGGUCAAGACGAUAGAGUCAAAACAAAAACCGUCACUUACAGUUAUUCAAGCACUUGCAGCAAUAUUACAAAACUGCUCGUGAAUCGUGACCGAGUAACAUUUAUAAAUUUUAAUUAUUGUGAAAUUUUUUAUUGUGAGGUAUAGCCACGUUUGACUGGCAAGGUAAAUUGGAUAAGCAUUUAAAUUUGUCAUGUUUUUUGUUUUACAUAGGGCUACACCGGAUCUACGGGACCGCGAGGAUUCAAAGGUAAACGAAAAUUUGUAAUUUUUAUCGACAUCUACUAAAUAAUAUUACUUUCUAAUUUACCUAAUUUACCUUCUAAUUACCUACAAUUUAUAAACUUGUAAUUUGAUUACAUUUUUUUUAUAAUUCUAUCGGAUUUUACAUAAAACGCGAUUUUCUAUAAAUUAAUUAAUUUUUAAUAAUAUUUGAUUUAAUCUAUUUUAUUAGACAGAAAUUCAAAACCGAACCGUAAAUCCUUAAUAACUUACCAAAGUUAGUUUUAACAUGAAAGUCUUUAGAACAUUACAGAAUGAAACAUUAGCAUAAAUAUUUUAAAACUGCAAUGUCCCGUUGUAUAUGACCAUCCUAUAUGUUAUCUAUGUUUUUGUAAUAAUUAAUAUCGUCCGGUAAAUUAAUUAGGUAAUGUAGACAAUUUCAACGAUAACCUGAUAUGGCUUUUCAAAUUAUAAAAUUAUAUUAUAUUUACAAAUUAAAUUUUAAAAAAGAGCGGACGUAGCGGCUGGAAUACAGGCCAUAGAUGGUGACUCCAACUUAAAAAUUAUCAAAACAAUAUUAUUCUUUUGCGGAUAUUUUGAAUUAAUUAUAUUAAGAGUAACUUGAAUAGUUUUUUUUUUACUUAUUUAAAACCAUUUAUUUAUUACGGUUCAAGAAUUUUUACCCUUUUUAAACACAUUUUUUUUAUUCGAUUUUCUAUCUACGCCAUCAAUAUAAUAAUAUUUCAUUCGAAAACUAUUUAUUUUUUUCGAAUAAUCACGUUCUUGAAAGUUAUAAAAAUUAACUUUUGAAAUAAGCGAAUUCUUGCAACGUUUUUGGAUUAUGUAUUUAUAUAUGUAUGCCGCAACUAAUUUUUCACAAUUAAAUUAAUUAAAGUAAUGAUUCUAAAUUAUUAUUAAUAUUAUAAAUCGGUUCGACUGUUUAAUAACUAACAUAAUAAGUAUAGUACUUUUUAUAAAAAUUACAGUUAUAGCUAAAAUAAAUCUAUAAGUAUACUACAUAGUGUAUAGUUACCGUAUUAAAUAUUAGCCAAGUAUAGACGUUUUAAAUUAAGAUAGUUAUUAAAAUAAUAACAGUACCAUUAUUAUUACCCACAAUCAAUACAAUAAACAAAAUAUCAAAAAACAAACGGUUUCUAUUUUAAUUCCAUAUCAUUGAAUAUGAAAUAUAUAAUAUUAUUAUAGGUGAGCGGGGACUCACAGGUUUCAACGGGCUCCCAGGAAUACCAGGAGAAAACGCUGGUCCUGGGCCAAAAGGCGAAAAAGGUAAUCGAAAAAUAUCAAAUAUAUUACAGUUAAAUUUAUUAAUUACCUAUAAUAAUUCAAUAUUUUUUACUUGAUAACAAUUUUACUAUACUGACUUUUACAUACUUGUUUUUAAAUAAUAUUCUAAACACUAUAAUAAUAUUUUUUAUUUUAGGUGACAGUGGACCGCCCGGACCUCCGGGACCUCCUGGAAUAGCUCCACCCGGAGUGAAAAACUCGGACAAAAGUAAAAAAACAUUAAUUUCCUACUUAAUUUAUGUACCAUUAUCUAUUAUAAUUUAUUAUCAAUACGUACGCGUAUCACAUUACAUUAUUGUCUGUGUAUUAUUAGGAAGAAAGUUAAACUCUAAAUUUGAUUUUGACGCUAGUUUAGCUUGGUUUAUAAAUAUUAUUUUAGAAUUCCACUAUUUUCACGUGGUUUGUGAUUGUUUUUUUACAUCGAUCAUGGAAAAUAUGAAAAACAAUCUCUUCACUGUCAGAUAGUAUACAUCACUUGUCAAAUUUCCCUGAGAAAUAUAAAUUAUAGACUAUUGAAAAAUAUAGACUCUUUAUUGUGGCCAUUAUAUUACAUAAUCUUUUCUCCGCUACAAUUGGAAACUUUCAAUGGUUUUUUCUUUCGAUCAAAAUAUGUGCUCUAACUCAGAAAUAUGAGUUAUUUUAUAAUGCAGUUGUAUCAAUAUAAAUUUCACCAUGUUUUUUUUUUAGAAUCUACACUCUUACAAAACUUCUAGAUUAAGCCAGGGAAAAAAUAUUUUGAAUAUGCUUAGUGCUAACAUCAAUAGUGCUUUAUGUGUCUUUUGAGGAUUUCAACUUUCAUCCCACUCUCUAAACAUUUGUAUGGUCAAACAUCUUGUUUUAACAAAAUAUACCGGGUAUUAGAUACUCCUACGCAUUAAAGUAAAUAACGGGGUUAUAACUAUAUAUAUGUAUAUAAAAAAAAUACCAAUACUGCUAAUGGGCAAACCACUGUAGUAGAUAAGAAGAUGAAAACUUAAAAAUGAUUAACUAAAAAAUAUUACAUUUUUCUCAACAUUAUUUUUAACUGUACUACACACAACUUAUGAAGAAAAUUGUGUACAAUUUUCAAGCAUUUCUGCCCGACUUCAAUAAUUUUAUUCACAUAAAACUAAAAAAACUAGAAAAUAUCAAAUGUCUUUAAACAUCUCAAAUAUUGCCAUAAUAUUUUAAAAAUAUUACAAAGUCAAUCAAAUAGGUAAACAUAAAAUUUGUUUAGAUACAUCAAGUUUCUACAAUUAAAACAAAAUAAACCUAAUCGAAAGAGUUAUUUGUGUAAAUAUUCUCGGUUUUCUUAAGUUUCUCCCCAGUUUUUCCAGUUAUUAAGCAAACUACAAGAAAAAUCAAUACGUUCACCAAUAAGACAACAUUUUUUCGUUCAUAAAAGAUGUUACACUAAAAAUCCCGAGCAAAAUUUCUGGUAGAUAAACAAAAUCGAAAAGAACAAAAGCUGUCCUAGGAAAUUGGGACGAGUAAAACCAUUGUUAUAAAAAAGAAGCUAGGAAGACAGAAGAAGGGAAAUUUAAAUCUAUAUGCAACGGUUAAAAAUUUCUAACGAAAGGAACGAGCGGAGUUCGGUUGAUAGUGUUGCUGUUUUUCCCGUUUAUUAGGAAAACUCUUGGGAAAAUCAAAAAUGUUCAUUUUAAAGUACCGCCCCAGUCAGAAUUUUCUUUCAGAAAAAGUGCUAUAAUUUAAAAUCGGAACAAAAUUUCUAAUAGAAAAGUUGUCCAGAGAAAACAAAACUAAAUAUCAAUAUAAAACUAAUACAUUCCUCACUCCACUUAAAAUCUAAAACUUUUAUUACCGUGAACACUAUUAAUUACUGAUAAUCUAUAUGUAUUUAUAAUCAGGAUAAAAACAGAUUAUCAUAGUAUAUUAUAAUCAAUACGUUUUUUACUGUGCUGAGAAUCUAAAAAAUUAAAUAAAGUAAUGAUAACAAGUGAGCCUGGGGGAAAUUUCACUCUAGUAGGGGUGCUUUAAUGCCAAGGGUGUUUUUUCUUUAACACACCACCUAUAAAAUAACCUACACAUAAUAUUAUACUCGAAAUUCGGCUUUAGGCAAAUGAUGUUUACGUUGUCGAAGACCGGUGAAUUUCGAUCCCGGUAAACCUUUUGGCUGUAGGUGAAUUGCGGCCCGAGUAACCUUUUGUAUUUAAACAAUUUUAUCUCGGAUAUUCAUAUCCAUAAAUAUAAGAACCGCAUCAAAACCGGCAUCUAAUCUAAAGCACAGCGACGCACGAUAAAAAAAGGAAAAAAAAAAUAAAAAGAUCGGUAAACGUCGGUCGGACAGAAAAUAGUUCACUAUUGGUUCGUUAGUUACACGCGUGGAUUUCGUGAACAAUAAAAAUCAAAGUCGCUCAUUGUUAUUAUCUACGAAGAUUAUAAAUUCCGUUUUCAAAAAACAUUUAAUGAUCAACGGUGUCCCCACUGUGUAAAAACCAUUGUAUUACGUGUCCGCAAUUUGUGGGUCGAGAUCUCAAUUUUUUUUACGGGAUAUGAGCAAAACCAUUAACGACAAUGAAAAUUCUUACGUAUAUAUUGUUGAAGAAAUAAAUUAAAAAUCGAGAGAAAAUCACGCUAUACUACGGCGUUUGGAGGCGGCGGAAAUUACCCUAUAACCCUCGCCCUGCAGGUUCCGCCAUCGGAUCCUUCGGGGUCGAAACGCCCGCACAACUACGACUACUACGUCUUCGAUCCAGAGAUUCGGGCCGCGAUUCCGCCGACGACAACGCGAAAUUUUUUCCGAACUUACCGACCCGAAACGUGUAAAACUCUAGUAAUAUACGUAUUCUCCGGUACAAGUGCCCGGAAAUCAACGUGUUAUUAAUUGUAUAAAAAGCCACGGUACAGUCAUUGCCUAUCAAUCGUCGUCGUCGGGCCGCCUGUUACGGCGCAUAUUUCUCCGUCCCCGUGGCAAGUGGCGACCGCAAAAAUAAUUACGACAUUCUGUGUUUUGGCGAGAAAACACGGUCGGAUUUCCAUUAACGCGCUCGGCGUACGUGCGGCGUCGCUCUCGCGCGCAUAUAAACAUACCAUACAUUGAGACCCGUUUGGAAAUCGAUGGCUCCCCCGUUAAGGUGCAUCGCGUUCGCGACAACAUUGUACAAUUAUCGAUCUUCAAUGUUUUCAGAUCUACAUGGAUUUUUAUUAUUAUUUUGAUUUAUUCAAUAUACGAUUUAUUCAGCGUCAUUCAAAUACGAAAUCGUCAUAGAUGACAACGUUACCCCAAUUAUAUUUUAAGACGCGAUGCGAAAUCUACAGAAGAUAUCAACGUGUCUACCGAAUGAAAAAUCUCCAUAGGUAUAUCUCAAGUCUUAGCUACAUUGAUAAAAUCAAUUUAGACAUUUAAAAUAAGGAACUUCAUGACUUGCACGUUCAGCGAUUUCAAAUAAGCAGUUUUGACUAGGUUUUUGGUUUUUGUCGUUACUCGUAGUUCCCACUAUCCGGAUGCGUCGUUGUCGUUUUGUUGUUAGUUGUUACUCGCUACUCAAGAUAGUUCCGACUGUAGCGCUAGCGAUCAGUUGGAACGGCUGAUUUGUUCAGAAGACACGGGCCUCGCGAUUCGGAAUCGUUCGCGCGGGCCGAUUUCCAACCUGCGUGUGUUUAACCGCGUCAAUAACGGACGGUACGCGUACGCGCUUUUUUUUCACCGACAAUAUCAACGCGGACCGCCGGGCCGUGCACACAAUACCUGCACGGCGCGCAACCUCCCCGACGUCGUUCUCCUGCGGCGGCACGACAAUAUCGUAAAGGCGAACGCGCUGCAGACGCCGCGCCGCGCCGUCGACAAAGGAGACGCGAGAUUUAAUUAACUCGGACCGCAACCACGGCGGCGGCCGCGGUUGUUCCUCUCGCGCGUACCGCAGUCGGAGAAUGGAAAAAAAUAUUGUUUGAACCGCGCGUAAUAUUUUAAAAUAUUUUUUUCGCACGGCUGCGCGUGCUGUUUGUCGAGUAACAAACAUUAUGUUAUUGUUAUUAUUAUUAUUAUUAUACGUGAAUAUUGGAUGACGCCAAUGUCGGGGAUAUAUCGCAAUGAUCUCUCGGCGUUUCGCGGUUUAAGCCGCGGCGCAUUAACCGCGUAAACAAAAAAAAAAAAUCUAUCGUAACGGUACAAUAUUAUAUUAUUAUUAUCAUUUUACAACUACGUUUGAUGUUAUACGUUUGUACGUUUUGUUUAACAUAGUAACGUUUCCCCGACCGUCGUCGUUUGAAAUUCUGAGCGUUAUCGGUUUCGUUAUUACGGCGGUGAGGUUUCUGAUUUGUUCGGUACACUAAGGCGGUCCUUAUUAGAGCUGAAUAGGCGUUGAAAAUAAAUGUUAAAUAAUCGAAUUCGCGGGCUCGAAAAUUCGUUGGGUACACGGUAAAAAUAAUUUUUGCAGAUUUUGUGCACGAUAAGUAAACCUAUCUUCACUUGCCUCAAAAAGGGCUGAAGUUGGUUUGUAAAAAAGGAAUAAUUGCUUUUUACGUUAAUUUUUUUAAAUACAUACGAAUAAUAUACGAAAAAUUGAUUAGUAACUUUAUUCGGGUAAAAAAGAUUUCCUACAAAAUAGCUAUUUUUUUAAAAUUUCAACGAAACUUAUUGUUAUAAUAUGUAAAAAAAUCAAUUUAAAUGUUGACAGGUUCAACGUUUUACAUGAAUCUUGUAUAUAAAUCCCAUAAACCUUUUUGAGGCAAAUGAAGGGGUUCGCUUAUCAUACCCGAAAUUUGCAAAAGAUGAUUUUUACUAUGUAUCAAGUAAAAUUCUGAGCCCACGAAAAAGAAUUAUUUAAAUUUAAAAAUGAGGAUCACCCUACUCUUCAUUUUUCCACCGGAAAUGACACUCCGAUCCAAAAACGACAAAUGAGGUUUUUUUGUAACGAAUUUUUUUUAGUUCAAAAGCGCAUUGAGAAGGUCGUUUUUUUAUAAUAAUUACCAUUACAGUUUAUUGAAUAAUUGCGAAAAACCAUUAGAAAAUUGUGAAAACGUACACAUUCAGUAGUUAAUUUUAUUUUAGAUUUUGACCGCAGCUCAGCGGAGGAAUGUACAUCGGUUCUAUUGUGGCGUGUGUUUUUUUUUUCUGUCUGUAUAUAACUUUUCUAUCAGAUAUCUCGUUCCGAUCAAACAGGAGAGCUUUUUUUGUAUCAUUUUGUGUCUAUAUUUGGGUCCAUUGAAGUGGUCAUUUUAUGAUUUUCCUAUGAUUUUCUUGUAGAAACGUAAAUAUCACGUAGAGACUAGACAUUCUUUUCCCUGAAUAAAUGUAUAAGCUUGUUCAAAAUCCAUUUUCUAUCGAGGUAUCGCCUAUUUGGAAUCUUCGGGGCUUAUAUAUUUUUUUAAUAUAAAAUUGUUGUAGUUUCGUAAAAACGCACGGACAUUUUAUUCGAGGUCCGUCAUGCCUACAAUAGUCGUUCGUAUGGCGGUAUGAAAACUCUCGAAAAUCCGCAGUCGCGAUUAUCGUAUUCCCGCAAUAAUACCUAUAUUAUAAUAUAGGUGCAAUAUUAUUAUACAGUUAUUAUUUAUCGAAUUAUAUUAUAGCGGACGUGGCAGUCGUGAAAGCGGUCAAAGGCGAUAAAGGCUCGAAAGGAGACCGCGGCGAAAAAGGUGCUCUGGGCGGUCAGGGCUCAGGCGGAAACCCCGUAAGUAUACUCUAUAAUAAGUAGGUAUAUAAUUUCGUAUAUUAUUUUGUUCAUUCGGGCCGGAAACGCGUCCGUUACGUUAAUGAAAUAAAAUACUUCCCGAGUUUUUAUUAUUAUACGUAUCUAUUUUUUUAUUAUAUUAUUAUUAUUAUUUAUUUAUCGCCAAACAAUCGGCAUGAAAGUACAAACAUCUCCUCUCUCUCUCUCUCUCCGUUAAAAUAUUAAGAAUUCAGUGUUUUAACACGUAUGCGUCUUAAUCGUUUACCCGGUAAUGUAUAGGUACUUCAACAGUAUAGUAUUAUAAAACUAUAAUACUUGCUAAAAGACAUUAUUUAAUAUUUCCAUUCCUUAUAACAGUGUGCAAUACUAUAUUUUUACUCGUUCGAAUAACGAUAAUAAUAAUAAUCGAAAAAAAUAAAACCGAAAACGUAUCGAUUCGGUAUUUUGACGACCAAAUAUUAUCCAACAGAACGACGAAACGGGUGUGUAUAAAAGUUUAAUAAAAUUAUAAUGCGGUAUUACUAAUAAAAAAACCUGUAUACAGAGUGUCCCGCCGUGUUCGACGAAUUUCUCUAGAUUUGUUAACGAUCAAUAUUUUUUAAUCUCCUAUUCUUUGAAGGGGACAUUUUUUUAAAGAAAUAUUACAUUUCUAUUUUCAUCUCCUAAUUUCCAAACAAAAAUAAUUUAAUCGGUUUACAAAAUAGCCAUUUUGUAAAAGGUUAUUAUUUUUUUUAAUGAUUAGAGAACGAAAAUAACGAUUUAACCUUUCCCUAAAUAGACACCCCUCCCCCUCUCAAAGAAGAACAGUUUGAAACAAAUAAAAUUAAAAACAAAUCUAAUAUUCAUUAUAAUCGAAUGUUCAUUAAUAGUUCGAACGCCGUGGGACACUCUGUAUAAGAGCUGGUUUUCCGAAUUCCGCAUUACAAUAAAACGUCACGUCAUCGUUAUAUUUGUCAUUUAUAUUUUUGACAGUGAAACCACGCACUAGGUACCCAUUUUUGAUUUUCAAAUAGAAUUUUCAUAAUGUACGUAUUUAUUAAAAAUUCCAUAAAUAGAUGAAGUUUUUUUGUUUGAACGCAUUUUGGCGUUGAAAUGUUUAAUUUCCGCGAUCUCGUUGACGAGAUAUUCCGUUUUUGAGUUUGGGUGAGUGAGGAGUAGAUAUUCAAACGACGUUGCGCCACGGAAAUAACGAUGCUACUCUACUACUCUUCCCCUAGCCAAAUUUAAAAGUAGAAUAUCUCGUCAGCGGAUUAACGGAUAUUAACGUUUCAAAAGCGGCCGGUGCGUAUAGUUUCGCACUCGGAAAUAAAGAUGACAACAAAUUAACGGCAACGGAACGUUUUAUCUACCGGCUCGUUUCUUUAAAAUCUCGGAAACCGUUAAUAUAAUAUACUUUUCCGAGACGAUGAUACGAUACAGCGUGUACGUUAUCGACGAUCGAUCGCCCCGUAUAUUAUUAUUAUUAACAACAAUGCGCGUGUAUAAUAACAUAAUAUAGGUACUAUCGUCGCGACGACGUAAAUCUCUGCAAACGGUUAAUUAACUAAUUAAUUAAUUAAUAAUGUAUUUUGCUUGUGGUUUUAGGGUCCGCCCGGUCUGACGGGACCCAAAGGUGAACCGGGAGAGCCAGGUUUGGCGGUGCCUAUAUCCGUCGCCGAUCUUGGAAACCUCAAAGGAGAUAAAGGUAAGACGAGAAACACGACGAUAAUAAUAAUAAUAAUAAUAAUAUUAUAAUGAAGUAUUUUAGUUUUAGACGAUUACGUAAUACCGCGCGAAUACACAAUAACAGUGUAAUAAUACUUGUACGUGCAUGCACGCAUAUUAGCAAGUACGGGUGUAAUAAUAAUAUUGUACGCCUUAUCGUGUUUAUCUCCGUCGAGUUUGUAACUUUUUACCAAUCCGAUACAUUACGACAAUGAUAUUAUAUUGUAAUGUUAUUGAACUAUUUGUUUAUAAUUAUUGUAUUGCUAUUUUCCUUAUCCGUUACCGAGGACCGCCUACGAUAUACCUACCUAUACUAUAUACUAUUCUCAAAGGGACGAACGGACAUUUUUGUACGGCCGUUAAUCUAACAUUAAAUCUGCGGCGUUAUUAAUUAUAAUAAUUAUUGUACAUAUAUAUUUCGAGUACUAAUUAUUCGAGUUAUGGUGUAAGCAUAUACACAACAUAGGUACACUAAAUGCUAACAAACGGAAAAAAAAAAUAUUUCCGCAAAGCCCAUCCCGCGAUCCACCGCCGCGAAAAUUUUAAAUAAUUACUAUAAUUAAUAUAAAAACCAAACACAACCGAGGUCUUAUCACGUGGCUUGUAUACGAAUUGCACGUGUGUAUUUACAUUGCGCUUAUUUAUUUUAAAAGUCUGUAUAAAAAGACAAAUUGUCAUUACAUAAACGAUACGACCAGACGUACCUUAGCGUGCGUUAAUGUUUGAACGUUCCACUAGUGUAUAUUGACCGCCCCGAUACAUUUUACCGAGACAUCACGGGGUCAAUAAUCACUGGCACGCCGUUCUUAAAAAUACAACGGGGUUUUUAUUUAUUACUUUUUGUUAAAAUCGAAAUGCCUGUGUUUUUCCUAACUAUUUAAAAAAAAAUAAAACAUGAUUUUGUCCGGCCACACGAAAUAUUGGCAUUGCUCCAAAAUCAUGAGUCGAAAGUCGGGGGUCAACUUCACGCACGCCUAGGUAUAGGAUAGCGACAAAUUAAUUUUUACGUCGCAUUAUAAAAGUACGAAUUGUAUGUCUAUAGCUUUUUAGAGAAAUGUGAAAAUAAUUUUUCAAUUCGGUAUUCUUUUUUUUUUUUUCAGAAUUAAUUUUCAAAAAUUAAUACUUUGUAAUAAUUAAAACUACACGCCGAGUAUAAUACUAUACUAUUGUUAUAACAGUCCAAUUACGAAUUUUAAUUUGACAGUUUCGUGUAUACAAAUACUGCAAUAUUAUACAAUGGAUAACAAUACAACAAAUGUACAUACCUAACUACUUGCGUAAAAUGUAUGGAUAUUGUGGUGCAGAAUAUUAAAUAAUAAGUGGUGACUGCAACCGAAAUAAAUGGCUGAUGAUAUUACAUUAAAUAUAAAAAUACACCCAAAUCCCGAUUUGCAUUAUUAUUAUUACCCGAGUGCCGACUAUAAAUAAAUUAUUAAUUAAAGAAUAAAACAUAAUAAUAUAUACUUUAUAUAGGUAUAUAAUGAUAUUUAUACUUGGAAAAUAAUGCGUAAUAUGAAAUAAACUGCAAUGUAUAGUAUAUAGGUAGUGCGGUCGUUAUAUUACGAAAUGUAUACAUAUUUUAAGUUCGUUAUAAAAAAAAAAAAAACAAUAGUGAUGAAACAAAACCCGGUAUGAGGGUAAAAUACGGUUGGGAAGGACGAAAACGGGACGGGAAUAUACGUCUAGGUAAUAGAAGGAAAAACAUGAACGCGAAAACUCUAGGAAGUGGUCCGAAAGGAACAUGUCGGCGAUGGAUAUAUCAGAUAGCCGGAGGACAAAUAGUAUUGCGGUCCUAGAGGCCGAAUAAAUUCGAAUAAUAAUAAUAAAAAAUAAAUAUUAUACAAUGAUACUUAUUGUAUAUUUGAAAAAACAAAACCACUAUUACUUCUUUAUUUUGACGGUUUAAACAAAAAAAUAAAAAAAUACCGAAAAAUUUGAAUAUAGUACAUGUAACCCGAAUGCAUUUAAUAUGUUGCAUUUUUCAAGUAUACAAUAUUAUUUUUAUGCAUCAACCUAUUGUAACUGUAAUAAUAUGUACAACGAAAAAUUGUAUUUAUACCCAUCUGGCCAUGUAUAAUAUGUGUAUAAUCUAUAUUAUAUUAUUCUCAGAUUCCCCGCAAAUAAUAGAUAUUUUAUUUUCUGAGACAUUUGACGUUAAUAGUGUUAUUCGGCUUUGAACAGUUUUAUUAAAUUGAUAGAAUACUGCAUUGGAGAGAAAGAAAGGGACAGGGAGAGAAAAAGCUUAUGUUGAAAUAAAUGACAUAUAGGAAGUAAAUAAAAGUUUCGAAUGUAACGGACCAAUUUACGUUAACGUAAAUUAUUAUUUCAAAAAUAUAAUAAUAUAUCAAACUUUAUUUUUUUUUUCGCAGGGAAGGAUUUUGAAACGUUGUUAAAAACGAUUAUUAGUCCGAAUAUAGUUUAUAAGUAUAAUAUUCAAGCGUAUGAUUUCAAAAUGAUUUUCAUCGUGAAACAAAUAUAAUUAAUCGUUUUCCUUGUAGCGAACGUUUUAAUUUUGAAAUACUCGAAAUUCAUAUUAAAAAAGGACUUCAGCUUUAACAGAAUAUUUUCUAUGACGUGUUAAAAAUGCAUUAGAGUUCCUCAUUAAUUAUAGAUUUUAGAUAAUUUACUUGUUUUUAUGUACGUUAGAUGAUUUUUUUUUUUUAAUAUUUAAUUUAAUUUGUAUUUUAUGUAUUUAGGUGAUAUGGGCAAACGAGGUAAACGCGGAAAGCCAGGUACAUAAAAUAUUACCGACUUGUAUACGUUUAAUAUGGCGGCCGAUGUGUAACACGUUUUUGAAAUGUAUGAAUCCGUUUUUGUUUUAUAGGUCCUGUAGGCCCACCUGGUCCGCCCGGAGAAAUUGGUUUACCUGGUUUACGAGUGAGUUUAAAAAACAAACAAAAAAAUAUAUGUGUACACAUAUUACGUUAGGUACCUACUAAAAAACAUAUAAUAAAUUAAAAUUAUGUAUUUUUUUAAACGCUACUAAAAAUAUUAAGGACGACGUAAGUUGCAUUUUAAUACGAUAUAUAUUUCAUUAUAUUUUAUCGAUGGCCAGUAUAAUAUAUAUAAUUACGAUAGUUAAUUAAUAAAUUAAUUUACCGCAAAGUAGAAGCAUAAUAUUAAUCUCAUUUUAGAGACAUGAGAAUUGCAUACAUUAGAUACGAGUUUUUUUUAAAUCACAUAUAUGUUAUGAAUACAAUAAUUAUCAUUAGUUUUGUAUUCUUGGAUGUAUGCAUGUCCAUACAAAUGAAAUACAAUGUUUUAAUAAUAUAAAUGCGUACCGUUGUAGGCUUUACCAAGAGCGGGAGGACCCAAAGGUGACAAAGGAGAUCCGGGACAGUCUAUAGUGAGUACCGAAAAUGGUAUAUUUUCGAUUCUAAAAUGCGUAUUUUUUAAUAUUUUGAUUUGGUAAUGUUCGUGUUUUUAUAUAUAAUAUAGAAGGGUGAUAAAGGUGAUCCGGGAUCGCCGGGUACAGGAGGCACUUAUACACCGAUACCGGGACCGCCGGGACCACCGGUAAAUACAAUCUCAAUUUAAGCGAUUGUUGGCUAAUUUUUUUUUUUUUUUUGUUUCAAUAUUAUAGUAAAAUAAUAUGUAUACGCAUUUCAGGGCCCUCCCGGUUUAGCGGUGGAAGGACAGAAAGGCGAACCCGGAGAUCCAGGUUUUGUUUCCUCGCCACUCCGAAGUAAUAACUAUACAUAGCUAUAAUAUAUUAUAUUAUUUUUAUUCUUUGAUUUUACAUUUCUUUGUUUUUUUUUUUAAUAUAAUUUUUUACUUUCUUUAGGCGCUAUAAACGAUCCCAUUCUCGUACCGGGAGCUAUGACGUUUCCGAACAAGAAAUCAAUGAUACAUGUAAUUUGAAUUGUUAUUCUAGUGAUCCAUUUAUCUACAGUAAUUUUCUUGGAGAAUUUCAAUUGAAUUUGAUUGCUUUUUUUCAAUUAUAUGGAAUCGUUAGUAAGCUUAUUUAUUUUAAAUAACUAACACUGUAUUCAAAUGUUUACCCUUACUGGUUUUACAUCGAAUGAGUAUAGGAACGACACUUUGAAUUUUUAAAUAACAAAUGGAUUUUCAAUCCUCCUACUCCUAGAUUCAAAUGAAGACAAUUUUCAAAAACAAUAGCUUUAUAUGGUUUUAUAUAGUUUGAAAAUAUCGUUCAAUUAAAAUAUGAAAGAUUCCAUAAUGAUUGAAAAAAACAAAAAUCAAAUUAAUUUAUGAAAUCCUCCGAGAAGAUCACCGGAAAAUAAAAUAAAUAAAAGAAAAUAAAACGUAUAAAAUAAUCAUUCUACAGUGAUUGUGUAGGCUGUGGAGUGGUAAUGCCUACGAUUCAUUUCACGUGUCACGUCUUCACAAUAAUAUACGUGUUAUGCAUAGGAUGCACGUGUAUUAAACUAAUUCAAUAAUUAUUUGUGUUUAGGUAACGGAUAGGACUCAAGUGGGUACUAUUGCGUUUAUUGUCGAAGAAGAAGCGCUUUUGGUACGUGUCGCGCACGGCUGGCAGUACAUUUCGGUUAGUGGAAUAUAAUAUAUCACGAUAUUAGUGAAUCGAACCGUAUCGAUCGAUUGAUCAUCACAUAUUCAAAUUUUUUACAGUUGGGUUCGGUGGUGCCGGCUGGAAUCGAAUCCGUUCCGACAAACACCCCGAUGCCGACAAGAGCGCCGUUGGAAUCCUCAAAUUUAGUACAUAAUAACCACAGUCCAGUAAAAGACAGCACGAUGGUAAGGCGUAAAAUAUUGUUUAUUUUUUCUUUUUAAAUACAUCGCGCGUAUUAUAGUCACAUUUUUUAAUUAAAAAUAACUUCGUCCGAAAUUCUUUUACGAACUUUUACAGAGUGGAUUCUUUUAUCACGACAAAUCGAUUUUCUCGGAAGAUUUCAAAGUGAAUUCGAAUUCAAACCCACUUUAAAACAAAGAUUGGAAUAGAAAAUGUUUGCCUGUCAAAAAAAUGUCGAAAUGCAUAACACUAAUAUCGUAGAUAUUAUGUUUACGAGAUAUAACUUAAAACUGUUUAAAAAUUUAGACCGAAGUAAUAAACUUCAUAUUUUCCAUUUUUAGACGAUAACACUAUACGUCCGACGAGAAAAUGGUUGAAUUGUGAUAAAAGAAUCACCCUGUAUAUAUAAUAAUAAUAAAAUUAUGUCUGAAGUAGUAAAAAAAAAUAUACGCAAUAUUUAUUUAUAUUAUUUUCAAAGAGAUUUAAUAAGAAUAAAUUUUUUUUUUCAGUGGCAUCCUAAACAGGUAAGUUGGAUGAACUUGAAUUUUUAAUAGAUUAUAAAACAUUUUUUUUUCAGGCGGGUACCAAAUUUUAAAUAAUUUUACAUUUUUUACUAUAUUCUACUUUAAAUUAUGUAAAAAUAACUCUCAUUCCGUCAAUUAUACUCAUAAUAUGUUCUGACCUGUUUUUUAGGAUUAACAUUAGGUAUCCUUUAAUUCUGCUAACAGGCCAAUAUCGUAAUACAACUUUGCGAGAAAGAGAGGUUACCAAUAGUGUUAGGAGAGAUAACCGAUAUUUUUAUUUAUAGGUAUAAAUAAUGAUAUUAUAAUAACUAAAAAUCACGAUUUAAGACUUAUAGGUAGCCCAGUGACCUAUAUUAAUAGGUGACAGUGACUCGUAUAAACUGACACUCAAAAACAGCUGUUAAAAUAACUUACAGAGUUCCAUAAUAUAUUUGACAGUUACCUUCGAAGAAUAUAAGGUCCUACGUGAUAUAGCUAAACCAAUAUAAAAUAGUGAAUUGUUCUCAUUUUCUAAAUUUAUGGCUAAACUGUGUUGUAAAUGUUCCCACAUGGAGCACGUUAGCAAUUAAUUUUUUUCGAGUAUUGUAAGUAUCAAUAUUCAUGGGUUAUGGUUUUAAAUAUCAUUGGCCAACAGGGGCGUACCUGUGUGGGGGGGAGAAGGGGACAUUCGCAUCUCCCCAUGGGUCGUAUAAUAAUACGUGACAAUAUGUGAGCAUUGUUAUAUUUUUUUUUUAUUUUUUUUACAAUUAUUUUGGUUUUUUUUUUUUCAUGAAGUUGUUAAUGAUAUGAUAAUUCCAAUUAUUCCAAUUUUUUUUCUAUUCAAUUUCGCAAAACUUCGUUUUUGCAUACCCACAGGCUUUAAAGAGCGUUGAAAAACUCACUGAAGUGUUUAGGGGGAGAGGUUCGAGGUGACUUACUUGGUAAUCCAUCGUUGAUGCGUAGAUAUUAUAAUACUAUCAUUGUUACAGUUACGGAUGGCUGCUUUGAACGAACCGUACACUGGCAACAUGCACGGAGUACAGAGCGUCGACUACUCAUGUUACCGGCAGUCACAGAGGGCUGGUCUCCACGGCGCGUUCAAGGCGUUCCUGUCAUCGCGCCUCAAUAAUCUAAAAUCGAUCGUGCACGAAUCGGACAGGGGCCAUCCCAUAUUCAACAUCAAGGGCGACAUGUUGUUUAACUCGUGGAACGACAUAUUCACCGAACACGGGACGUUCAUAUCUUCUCAGCCGAGAAUCUACAGUUUUAGCGGCAAAAACGUGCUUACUGACUUCUCGUGGUAAGCUAUGAUUAGCAAAAGUUUCAUCAAUUGAUCCGAAAUCCUGAUAAAAAAAAAAAAACUGAUAUAAUUCGCACGAUACGUGGCUCCAUCGCGCUACUCUUGUAGGUGGGAAGUUGUGUAGGUAGGAUAUAGAGGGGAAUUAAAUUUAUAUCUAUAUGCGACAGUCAAUCAUUGCUAACGAAAACGAUUCGGAGUGAUUUCUUGUACGUGUACGUACAUUUUCCAUUUUCCUACGUUUUUUUCCGGUUUUCAUUAAUUAUUAUUAAAAACGAAAUUGCUCACAGAAAAACAAUAAACGUCAUUGUAAAACCAAUGCAUUCCUCGCUACGCCCCGAAUCGAUUAAACAGUUUAAAACCUUAGAAAACAAAAAUAAAACCCGUUUAAUCCAGUGUAAUGGAUUAAAUCUGGAUUUUAAAUCCGAUUAUGGUUUAAUUUUCCACUCAUCGCAAUGAAUAAUUAUACUACGAGAGGGAAAAAAAUACACAAUAGAUACUGGAUACUUUCCUUGAGCAAACGACACAAACCAAUUUAUGAUUUUUGUUUAAAAAUGUUAACUUAUAAAAUUUUUCAUUGGCUUUUAAAGUUUUUAAAAAUCGGGGAGCCAUGGCAAUUGAAGAAAAUUAAUAUUAAGAACUUGAACAUUAAAAUAUUGACUCCGAAGGGACGAUUUCUGAUACGAGUUUUUAACCCAACUAUUAAAUUCACGUAAAAAUGGUCAUUGUAGACAGUUAUUUAUAAACUAAUUAACGAUAAUUCGAUUUCAGUUUUGAAAAAAUAAUAUAAAUACCUAUCUAAUCUCGUGAGCGAGUUUUGUAAUAGAUAGGUACCAAAGUAUUUUUUCUCGGAAAUGCACCAUGCGCGAGUAUCAUUACUAUCAAUGACAUGAGGCGUUUUUAUUUCCUCCUCCUUGAAAAUACUGUAUUGAUACGACCAUAUAUAUUUUUAAUACUCAUCGCAAAAGUAAAAGCACUGUGUUGUAUACAUAUUAUAAUAAGUGAUCCUAGAAAUGUUGAAAAACAAUAACGAUUCAUUUCGAAUGAGCCUCGUACAUUGUCGUAAUUAUACACUCUCGUGGCGGGCCGCAUUAAAAAAAAAAAACCAGAAGCUAUUGUCACUCACACAUAUACGUUACCGCCACUGCACGCUGUUCGUCUCUGUGCAUCGCCGCUUUAGUACCUACGGUUUUGUCGUUUUUCAAAUGACGCGGCGCACAAAAAAAAAGAAAAAACUACUUAUAAUUACAUGGGAAGAGGAAUGAUACCUUCACUUGCCGCUUCCUCACAUCGCAUCUCUUGUUUUAAGCAUCAUUUAUUCCUUGCGGGGCACAAUAACAGACCGACAAGCCCGUCAUAUCCUGGGGUCCGUGGCCAGAGGAAAGUGACAAACACAAUCGACGCCGCGCGAGUAUUGUUAGAUAAGUCUAGUUAUAGACUAUAUAGUAUAUAAAUCUAUUUUGGUCGGUAGUUUCGAAAAAAUCCAUGGUCAGCAAAUACAAUAUUAUAAAUAAAGAUCAAAAGACAUCAGAUGAAUACAAAACAUAAAAUUAUACGACCGCGACUUUGGUUAUUUUUGGCCGAAACCGAUCGAAAUAAUAUAAAUGCAUAAUACGUAUCCAUAGUAGUAUUCGUAUACUCUAUUUUAGAUUCUAAGCGGAUUAAAAUGCUAUUGGUUUUACAGGUCUAGUCAAAAUCGUAAAGAUAAUAUUUUAUACAAUUUUCUAUUAAAAUUUGGGCAAAAAACGUUUAACUGCAAACUCGUCGUCUAUAAUUGUAGGUACCAUUUAACUACGUAAACGCAUUUCAACUGUAUUAUAUCACUUGUUAAAAAGGCAGGGGCGACAUAUCUUCUUCGAUGCCUCUUCUGGUACGGUGACACCCUAGACCAUAAGUGGAUAGGUAUUUUUUUUUCAUUGGGAUAUAUUUUGUGAGCCACAUAUAGGUUCUAUAUAUAUAAUAAGAAAUAUAAAUGAUCGAUUCGCUCACAAUAUUUUUUACAAUAAAAUCGUUUAAUAUAUAUAUAUACUACACAAUCUUAAAAAAUGUUAAAAAAAUAUAUUAAUUAAAAUUAUAACAAUUUUAGAUUCUGAGUGAAGCGAAGAAGUUUUUCGUUUUACAAAGGUUUUCAUUUUUCAAUUUUAAUUUUUUUUUUAUCUGUAGACGACUUUUCUACAACAGAUCUUGUUCCAAUUUUUAAGUGUAGCACCUUUUCUAAAAAAAAAUCGGUAUGGGGACGUACUUUAAGAACGUCAUUUUUGAUUUUCCCAGGAGUUUACCAAAUAAGUGGGAAAAACGUAGAAAAAUAGGUACAAUAAUAAACAAAUAUUAUUAAAGAAAAUAUAUAAUGCAUAAAUGGAAUUAUUUUACCAUAAUAUGACAUACGAGGUAUCGUAGGUAUACAAAGUGAUCUAUCUAAGUGAGUUCACUCAUUAUCUCGGAAAAUAUUAACUUUUUUCGGAAUUUGUUUUCUAAAACGUUUAAGAAAAAAGUAGCUCUACAAUUUUUUUCACCCUUAUUUUUGGGGGUAAAACCACUACCUACUUUUGAUUUUCAAAUAGCGACCUAUAUUAAAAAUUCCAUAAAUUUCAUAAAUGGAGUACUAAAAUGAAAAAUGAAUUUUAGUGUUGAAAUUUUUGAUUUCCGUCAAUCCAUUAGCGAGAUGUUCCACUUUUAAGUUUGGAUUGUAGGAGAAUAGUGGAAUAUCAUUUGUGUGGCAGUACGGUGCACGGCGUGUUAAUAACGCACCUGUCCCAAUUAUCCUAGGACAGCAGCUUUUUUUAUUUUACUGUAUGACAAUGUUUAUACAUUUUGAUCAGACCUCCCCGAAAUAAAAUUAUGGAUACCCGCUUGUAAACAGGUAUCAACGUGUAUUAUACAGAGGCCCCUAAUAUAGAUAAUACAAAUAUUACAAAUACGCAUUAAUACUGGUCAGCCGUCGGUACACAAGUAUUAUAAAAAUUACAAUUUUUUUUAAUUUUUCGAGAUUGGGCCAUUGCAGCCUCUGAGUGUAAUAUUGAUGGGGCCUACCGGGAUUUUCCGAUAGGCUUAUCCACCCAUGCCCAGGAAAAACAUCCAACCUAGCUGUCCUACCAUACUGCCAUUUUUUGAUUCUCAUGAGCAUUUUAAACAUAAAUUACAAUUUAAGUAAAAUUAAUAUAUGUACAUUAUAUAGUGUAACAAAGCCAUGGAUGCCAUAUUAGGUAAAAUAAUUAUAAUAGACAGCACUGUUUAUCAAGUACAGAUUGUGAUAAAGUUAACAGUAUAGAGGGUCGAAAAACUUGAUGUCUGGCUUUCCCAACAUUUUACCAAAAAUGUCAUCGCCAGUCCAUAUCUUUGAUCUCAAGAUGUAGGUCAAUAAAUAUUGGCAGUUACUAAAAUAGCAUAACGGCAUAACUUCUAAAUGGCUAAAUUGCUGUAUAAUAAAUAUGAAUUAUACUUGUAUUGCCAAAUAAAUGUACAUUAUAAUGACUUGAGAAAUUUUAAUUUUCAACACGUGUUAGAAUAUGUUAUAAUGUGAAAAUAAUUAUGUCAUUUAGACUAAAAAUUAAAGAGAAACAAAAUUUAAAAAAAAAAAUGACUAAAACAUUCUUCCUGAAAUAUUGAUUCUUUAGAUUUAGAUAUUUUAUAGUCCGUGACUGUAACUCUCCUAUCGCCGAUAUAUUUCAUACUUGUCAAAUUUUUCUCAAUUACCUAUUCCUAAUUGUUGUAUUUAUUUUCUGUGCGUUAUAGGCCCCAGAAAUCAGUGUGGCACGGGUCAGAUUUGUCCGGCAACAGCGCGGUGGACGGCAAUUGCGACGCGUGGAACUCGGAGAGCUCGGACAAACAGGGCCUGGCGUCCUCGUUGUUGACCAUGGGUGGACACCGGGCUAAACUUCUCGACCAAAGUAAAUCACACGACUGCCGCAACUCUUUCGUCGUUCUGUGCGUGGAAAUAACGCCGCACUCGGGAACGAUGUUCUCGCGAAAACGACGCAGCGGUGGCCGGCACCCCCCGUACGAAGAGGCGAUGACCCGACACGAGUACGAGCGGCUCAUGAAUGAUAUCCUCGGACGUUGA